UAAUUUUCUUUUAAAGCAAUCCAAAUUGGUGGCCAUCAAACUUGACUACCUCACUCAGGGGCAAACAAUCUUUCUGUAAUAUGUCACCCUGUGUGAGGCCAAAAUUUGGUGCCCUCAAAAUGGAUCUUAUCAGUUAUAUGAAUCUUCUCAAUUUUACACCCCUUGGCUCAGCUCCCUGUGUGUGGGUACUGCCUAUGCCAUCCUAAAUCCGCUGCUGGCUCACUGCUAACCCCUAACUAUAGAUAAGCAAGAUAAAAAGCACAAGUCCCAUUCCCAAUACUGUUCCUUGAUGGAUUCCACCGUCUACAUUCAGCAAAUUGUCUGUGCCUAUUCUCUGCUUCUUGUUUCUUAACUUAAUCCCUAUGAGAACUUCUGCUCUUACUCUAUAACUGCUAAGCUUUACUCGAGAAGAGACUUUGCUGAAGUACCUUGUCCAAAGCUUUCUUAAGGGCAUGUUCACAGUACUACUUCAGAAAGCAGUGCAGUUGUCCCCCACCCCACCCUGCAUUUCACAGCUCUUACCCCAUUAAAGGGAUGCAGGUGGCACUGUGGGUUAAACCACUGAGCCUAGGGCUUGCCAAUUGGAAGGUUGGCGGUUCGAAUCCCUGCGAACGGGGUGAGCUCCUGUUGCUCGGUCCCUGCUCCUGCCAACCUAGCAGUUCGAAAGCACAAAGUGCAAGUAGAUAAAUAGGUACCACUCCAGCGGGAAGGUAAACGGCGUUUCCGUGCGCUGCUCUCGUUCGCCAGAAGCGGCUUAGUCAUGCUGGCCACAUGACCCGGAAGCUGUACACCGGCUCCCUUGGUCAACAAAGCGAGAUGAGCGCCGCAACCCCAGAGUCAGACACGACUGGAACUAAUGGUCAGGGGUCCCUUUACUUUUACCUUCACCCCCAUUAAGGGUUCACAUCAGCAUGGCUUCAUUAGGGUCAAAAUUGUUUCUGUUUCUUUACACGCUAGGGAGCAUUGACAGGCAUUGAUGUUUUUACCCUAUACAUAGGUAUUUUCACCCCUUGGCUAGAGAUGACUGAACAUGAAGCUGGUUUGAGAAACAGUAGUAUUUUAUAAUGAAGCAGAGAGAGAGAGAGAGAGAGAGAUGCAUUUUGGAUAACGUGGUCGUGUGAACAGGGAUUGAAAACCCAGCGCUGGAAAUGCAGUGAGCUCAGUGCAAACGGGAGUGUGAACCCAGCCAAAGAGGAAAGUGCCAACUCUGGGCUUGAGGACACUCCCAGAGACCUCUGAAGGCUUACCACGGUUACGCGUUUACGCAGGGAACGGUGCGUCCAACGGUCGCAGGGAACGGUGCACCAACGGUGCGUCCUGCGGUCCUGGCACUGUUGUUUGUUUGUUUUGUUCUUGGAGGCCUGAGAGGGCUCCAGUGCGACCCAUACCCCAAGAGCGAUCCAACCACUCCCGGGAAGAAAUCGCAGCCUCGCACCCGUCCACUGGGCGAGGCUGGAGGUUGUUCGUGUGGCAUCCACGCGCUCUGGGCGCGCGACGCACACUGGAACCGUUGGCUCUUCUCGCCGAAAUGGAGACGAAGUGAAGCCCGGGAACCGACGUUGCCUGCCCCACCUGGGAUCGCGGCUGUGCCUUUCUCCCUUUUCUGGAGCUUCUGGAGGGAGGGCGGGGGUCGGCGAAGGCGGCUGCCACCAGCACCUGCCUUGGCGAGAGCCGAGGGAAGAGAGAGCGCGGCCUCUUUUGGAGAGGCAGGCAGAGCUACGCUCCCAGGCGGUGGGACGGCUUGAAGGCGCUGCUGCUGCUGCUGCUGCCGCCUUCGAGGAGGGCUUUGCGGUCUGUCGGCCAGCCAGGCUGCGGUUGGACGGGUGGGGGCAGGCAGAGAGGAGCCUCGGGGGCGGGGAUCGAGGGACUCAAAAAGCGCGUGCAGAGGCAGCGUGCGCGCAAGGCUGAGCCCGAGAGCAGGAGGUCUCUAUCGCGGCGCCGGCUUCUCCUGAGCUGCCCCGACGUGCCAUGGCCUCGCUCCUCACCGCCGGCUUGCUGGGGCUUCUGCUGGUGCUGGUGCUGCUGCUGCUGGCUUCUCGCUUCGGCAGAGCGCGGUGAGUGAGCGGUUGGGGUUCGCGGCGGCUUCCACCUGUUCUGGAGGAGGCGAGGUAUGGGCUGAGGACGCAGGAGAGCGCCACUCGGCUUCGCUGGAGCUCGCCAGGUCUGGAUGUGGGACAUUUCUCCUGGGAGAUUUACCUGCGAGGUCGCCUUAGACACAUGGAUGCCCAUUCAACUGCUUAAAACGGGCACUGUUACAUGUGCCCCUUAAUACUCCUUCAACAUUUGUAAGAAGACGGUAUUUUAGGGUGACAGCGUGGCGGUCUACACUUUGGAACUCCCGGCUUAUUGACUCUUUGGCACCUGUUAGAAACAUGUUUGUUUCAGCAAGCCUAUCCAGGCAUGUAGAAUGUUGGCACGUGUCUUAGCCUAGUUUUUAGCUUAUUUUUUAUCUUAAUUAUUUUGGAAUGCUUUAAAUAGCCUUUUAAAAAAAAACCACUGCUUUCACUUAUAAUUUCAUUGCUUUAUUCUUUUUGUGAACUCCUUCGAGAGUUGCGUGUUUUCUGUUUCAUUUUUUGCUUUUGUAUAUAAAAUAUGUUUGCAGUAUUGGGUUCCAUAAUGGAACAACGUGGCAUAAUAAAGUAAAAGGACAUAAGGAAAUACAUAAAAUGGGAUUGGACCUGAGGCAGGAUUGAAGAGGCAAAUCAAAAAGUUGGUCUAUUAUUGAAGGGGGAGCAUUUAGUGUUGGUCAUUCGUUUUGUAUCUUUUUUUAAAAAAAUAAUUUUAGUGUGUUUUAAUGCUUUGAUUGAACACCAUUAGGAUAGCUCAGCCAGUAGUGCAUGAGACUCUUAAUAAUGCCAUAAUCUGUGGGUGCUGGAUGUUACUCCUGUGUUUGCAUGUGUUUUAACAGAUAUAUCUAUCAUCUGAAGAUAAUGCUUAAUUAAUCUGAUGAAGCUGCUCUGGUCUAUGACAGUUUAUGCCAUAAACCAAUCUGUCAGUCUUUACCAUGUGGCAAGAGUCAUCAUUUGAGGAUCAAUAAACGUGCAUGACAAAGUAAUAAACAGUCUUGUGGUACCUUAAAGACUGUGAUGAGGUGGGCUGUAGUCCACAAAAGCUUGUUCCAUAAUACUGUACAGUUGUUAGUCAUUCAGAUGCCACAGUACAGUGGUACCUCGAGUUACAAAUGCUUCAGGUUACAGACUCCGCUAACCCAGAAAUAGUACCUCAGGUUAAGAACUUUACUUCAGGACGAGAACAGAAAUCGUGCUCCGGCGGUGCGGCAGCAGCAGAAGGCCCUAUUAGCUAGAGUGGUACCUCGGGUUAAGAACAGUUUCAGGUUAAGAACGGACCUCCAGAACGAAUUAAGUUCUUAACCAGAGGUACCACUGUACUCUGUUGCUUUUGCUGCAACAGAGAAACAGGGCUACCCCUCCAGCAUAUGUGUGCUAGAUUUAUUUGCCGGCAUGGAACCACCUAGAGAACUCAAUUUUAUGGGUAGUAUACAAAUAUAGGUUUGUGGAUUUGCAUCGCGGACAUGCCGUCCAAAUGUCAUUUCCAAGUUUUCUAGAUAAUAUGUACAUUUGAGCCGCAUUGUCUUCCUGGCCUGCAUUUAGCAUGUCAAUGCAUGCAUGUAAAUAGGAUAGAGGCGCAAAGUUAUGUAGGGUUGUAGUCAACUAAGUUUUAUGCGGGAUAGACCCAUUGAAAUUCAUGGACCUAAGUUAGCCAUGCUCAUAAAUUCCAUGGGUCUAUGCUGAGUAGGACUAGCACUGAAUAAAACCUUUUGAGUUUAAAAUGCCCAGGAGUCCACUUUUAUAUAUAGAGGGCAUCCCUAUCCCAUCCAGUUCCAUUUCACACCUUGAAGCCAGGGAUGUGUCCAACCACCAGCAUAACAGACAGAAAGACCCUCUGCAAACCAUUCGAAAUAUACCAUAGUUGAUAAAUCUGCUGCAUGCAAAGCAUUAUCAAGAGGGAAAGACGUGAUCUCUCUACUGCAUGCUGUAUAUGAUGGUGUCCUGUAUUGUGGAUUUAUAGUAAGAAAGAACAUGUAAAAUAAAUAUUUGUUUACUCGGAUAAGUGGAGGUUCUCUAGGGUCUUAGGAAAAAGGUUUCCCCGAGCUGUUUCUUGAUGUACAUUUCAGCAAGCCUGCCAAGGAUUAAGCCUGGAAUGUGCUUUCCCACUGAUGUGUGGUCCCCCCAGAGUAUUCUUACCUAUCCACAAUUCUAAGAGCAUUUUGUUCUGGAAUUAUGUGUCGAGGGAGCUUCUGGAAUUUCCUUUCCUGAUGCUUCCAAGGAAGCUCAGGGCAGGCAGACGCCAGAAAAGAUUUAGAUAGGGACACCUGUUUUCUUAUGUUCCUCUGUAAAGUGCUAUUUACAUAGGUGGUACUAUACAAAUAAAUAAAAAUCAUUUAUUAAAACAACUCAAAAUCUUAGGGCUCCUUUAAGACUCUUCCUUAGUUUUCUUGCAACAGGUUAACAACGUUAAACCCCUGGAAGAGUUUGCUAUUACUAUUUUCCUCCUCCACCACCACCUUCUUUAAGAAAAUAGCUUUCAGGGUAAUGGGUAGCCUAAUGCACUUACAGUGCAAUCUCUGCAUGUAUACUCAGAAAUAAUUCCCACUGAGUUCAAUGAGACUUACUUCUGGGAAAGCAUGUUUAACACAGAGCACACCCAUUGAAAUUAAUGGCUCUAAGAUAGUCAUAUUCAUUAAUUUCAGUGGUUCUACUCUAAGCAGGACUAGCAUUGGCCACAACCCAUAAACCAUAAUCCUCUUCAUGUCUACUCUGCGGCAGGUCCAACCUAGUUCAGUGGAGUUUACUUCCAGGUUAACAGUGUAAGGCAGGGGUGCCCAAACUUCUUUCAAAGAGGGUCAGAUUUGGUAAGGGAACAUGCGUGGGGGCUGAGUGAAGUUGGGGUUUUUUUAGGACUGAAGUAGUUGAGCUUUUUUUGGGAUUUUACCCCAGGACAUAUACUGCCACAGGGGAUGGAUUAAAUUGAACGGCAGGCCAGAUUAGGCCUCCAAAACGGACUUUGGACAUGCCAAGUGUAAGGGUGCAAUUCUGUAUUCAGUAAGUCCUAUUAAAGUGAAUGAGACUUAAUUCAGAGCGGACGUGGAUAUUGUUACUUCCCACCCAGUUUUCAAGCAGCUACCUGCACUUACUGAGAUUUUGAUUUCCUUGGAAUGAAUAGUUUUAUUUUAUACAACCUGAGCGUAGGAAGACGGGUUCCCAGCAUUAACGCUCUCAUGGAUCUUGCUUCCCCUUUGGGUUUUCAGUACAGCCCACAGUCCACAACCGAGCAGCAGCUCACUCACUCACAAUUCUGGCUGUUGUUCUCCUAUGUAGCAGUUAGGUGAGGAGUGUGGGGGGAAGGCCUACCCCAGGGGUCGGCAACCUUUUUCAGCCAUGGGCCGGUCCACCGUCCCUCAGACCAUGUGGUGGGCCGGACUAUAUUUUGGGAAAAAAAAUGAACGAAUUCUUAUGCCCCACAAAUAACCCAGAGAUGCAUUUUAAAUAAAAGGACACAUUCUACUUAUGUAAAAAUACGCUGCUUCCCAGACCAUCCGCGGGCCGGAUUGAGAAGGCGAUUGGGCCGCAUCCGGCCCCCGGGCCUUAGGUUGCCUACCCCAGGCCUACCCAUUUGUUCUGUGGCACAGAGAAACUUCUUUGGUGGUGCUCAAUUGAGGUACAGUCAUAUCUCAUGUUACGUUUGCUUCCUGUUACGUGUUUUCAGGUUGCGUCCCGCGGUGACCUGGAAGUACCGGAAAGGGUUACUUCCGGGUUUCACCGCUCGCACAUGCGCAGAAGCACAAAACAAUGUCACAUGCAUGUGCAGAAGUGGCGAAUUGCAACCCACACGUGCACAGACGCGCUGCUGCGGGUUGCGUUCCUUUCAUGUUGUGAAUGGGUCUCCAGAACGGAUCCUGUUCGCAACCAGAGGUACCACUGUACUUAACUGGGCAGCAAAGGCUGGUUUGGCAAGCUUCUUCUUAUGCAUUCUAUCCUCACAAGUACAGGACUUGUUGAGAAGUCUGAGCUUUUAAAAGUAUACAUAACCGACUUAAUGGGUAUUAUAAGGAAGAAUCAGCCGGCGGCAGAAGACUAUAAGUUUUGAAAACACUGAAAGGAGAGGAUCUGACCACACUCUUGCCGUGUGAAUUUCACUUCAAGACUGAGCCAAGCUGUUCCUGCCCCAUUCCAUGCUGUGUGUGUGAGAUUAUCUGCUCAAAAGAUUGUUGGCAGUCAGCUUCCGUCAUUGUCCCAGUGAUCUGCAUAAGGAAGCCCCUAAGGCGAGAAGGGGAAAUGCGGCCAGCUGUCUGCUAGCUCCACAAAACCAGCAAAAGAAUUUACCAAGCAAACUGGGCAACACAUCUCCCUUUUGCACUUGGCACCAGAGAAGCAGAAAGCAGAGGUUGAUGGGAGGAUUAAGACAUUUCCAGUUUGCACAUUGAAGAUCAAGGAAGGAGAUGGGACAUUGAGGAAAUCAUGUAAGAAAGAAUGGGCCAAACAGCACAGGGGUUUAAGAUACAAUUUCACAACAUUUAUUUUCUUUUUUGUUUUACUGGAACAAAAAAAAAAUUGUUGGUGGUGUGGGGGGUGGUUGUGCUUAUGUGGGGGGGUGAAAGGGUGUAUCUGUGCUUUAGUACUGAGGGCGGGAGGGUUAACUCUUUCUCUCCUGCCAUUUUCCUAAUCAAAAUCACACCAACUCCAUAGCUGUUAUUUGGUCUCACUGAGGGAAAACAAAGCAGAAAUAAGAAAAUAAAUGGGGGGAAUGCCUCCCCCCCCUUUAAAAAAAAAGAGUAAUAGUCAUGAAAUGUAAAAUCCUGUAAGCACAUACAAAGUGCCUCUAUGCACCAGUCCAGCUCUUCAGAACUGUUUGUUAAUCUUGGAAUAAAUUGAAAUUUCCCAAACUAGUAGGACAAAUAAAGAAGGAAGCAAAGGGGGAGAAACAGCUUGCUUGCUAGAUGCCCUGUAAAGCACUGUAUUUUAGUAUUUAGCCUUAGUGAUUGUAGUAUUAUAUUUUAAAAUAAAUUGUUGUUGAUGAUGGUGAUUUCUUGUUUCGAGUAGUUGUACGUUGGUUUGAAUAUAUUGUACAAUUCGGUGUUGUUAAUAAAGAGAUACCAUAUGCACACACACAUACGGAGUGGGUGGAGAACCUCCACAUGUUGUUGGACUCAAACUCUCAUUAUCUGGACUCAUUCCAGUCUGGAUCUGACCUGGAAUUGGCCCUGGUCACCUUGAUGGAUGACCUUUGAGGGAGAGCGAAGGGGAUCUCUCAGCAGUUUUCUAUAUCAUUGAUGAUGGUGUUCUUCUGGACCAUCAUUAAAAAUUCAAUAAACAUACCUAAACUUUAUUAUUUACUGUUGCUGUUAUAGAAAACUUUUUUUUUUUUAAAUGCACUACUGGGGACGGACCUUGAGGGAAAAAAAGUACUUUCCCCAUUUAGUUUUGUGGCACCUACCUUUUGGAAUGCCUUCUCCUUGAAUAUUAGACAGGUACCUUCUCUUUUUGUCUUUUUGGCCCCUACUGAAGACCUUCCUCUAUAAACAAGCCUUUUAAGUUGAGAUCUUUCCCUGUCUGCUUCUGCGUUAGAACUGUUUUUAAUAUAUUAGAACUGUUUUAAAUUUCUUUUUUAAAAAUAAUAAUAAUAACAAUUAUGUGUUUGUUUUGCCAUCCCAGUCUCCAUGGGGAGGAAGGUUGGGAUAUAAAUUUAAUUAUUUGAUUAUUUAGUUAAUUAAUAAUAUGCUCUUUCCAUCUGCUAAUAGUGUACAAUGUCUGGCCAUCAUAUUUUCCCACUGACAGGACAGAAUGUAUUUCUUUGUAAAUUGUCUUGUACAAUAGAAACUGGGGGUGGGUGGGGGAGACAGUUUAUUUCAGGAUUCCUGCAUCCUUUGCUUUAUUUUUUCUGGUAGCCAAAACCAGAAAACGCAGUGAUUAUGUAAAGUUGUGGCAUGCCAAUGUACAGGCGUUAAUUCAAGCGAUCAUAUUUAAUCAAAAUAGGGAACUGAGAAACGGGCAGCUCGGUUUCCAGCAUGUUUCUUGGGAAGUAAGUCAGUGGGUUUAUUGUCAGGAAAAUAUACAGUCUAAAAUGAUAUAUGAGUUGAGGGUCUAAACUAUGGCUAAAAGGUUUGGGGCUUUGUCCUUUUUUGAGGACCCGACAGGGCUUUAGAAAAUUGUGAAUGUUUGGAGAGAGCAGACAAUCUUCUUAUUUGUCAGUAAUAAGUGCUGCAGGGCAUGCGGUAAUAGUAGUAGUAGUAGUAGUAAUAAUAAUAAUAAUAAUAAUAAUAAUAAUAAUAAUAAUAAUUUAUUAUUAUUAUUAUACCCAUCUGGCUGGGUUUCCCAGCGUUAAACAUAAAAAACUUCCCUAAACAGGGCUGCCUUCAGAUGUCUUUUAAAAAUAGGAUAGUUGCUUAUUUCCUUGACAUCUGAUGGGAGGGUGUUCCACAGGGCAGACGCCACUACUGAGAAGGCCCUCUGCCUGGUUCCCUGUAACUUCACUUCUCACAGUGAGGGAACCGCCAGAAGGCCCUCGGAGCUGGACCUCAGUGUCCAGGCUGAACGAUGGGGGUGGUCCUUCAGGUAUACAGGACCGAGGCCGGUAAAGGUAAGCACCAACACUUUGAAUUGAACACACAGUAAUCUAUGCUGGCAAAAUAGAGAGCAAUUCAAGACUGGCAGAAGAAAAGGCCUUAUGCACUGUCCAUAACCACUGGAAAGAUUACCAUUGGGCUAGAUAAGCUUUAACGCAAGGAUGAGAGUCUGUACUAAACCUAUCUUCCAUGCAUAUUAGCUAUGAUAUUUAAAUGGAACUCCAAGUCCAGAGGUAGUAAUACUAUUCAGAGGUAUGUUUCCUUUGCAUGUAUUUAUUUAUUAUUUAUUAUAUUGAAUUUGUAUCCCACAUUUCCACCAUGGAGCUCAAGGUGGUCUCCCUGCUCCUAGUCCGACGCUCUAACCACUACACUAUCAUUAUUCAUGACCUUCAAUAGAUUGACAUCCAUGUGCCUAACUCUUUUCAUUUUGUUAAUGGGGUGGCUAUCUCUUUCAUGUGGUGUAGUGGUUAAGAGCGGUGGACUCGUAAUCUGGUGAACCGGGUUCGAUUCCCUGAUCCUCCACAUGCAGCUGCUGGGUGACCUUGGGCCAGUCACACUUCUCUGAAGUCUCUCAGCCCCACUCACCUCACAGAGUGUUUGUUAUGGGGGAGGAAGGGAAAGGAGAAUGUUAGCCGCUUUGAGACUCCUUCGGGUAGUGAUAAAGCGGGAUAUCAAAUCCAAACUCCUCUUCUUCUUCUUCCUUGUGGCCUCUGGCUGUGAUCUUUUCCCGUUUCAUGGAUAUAAAACUCAGCAAUAAAAAUCUAAACAGAGACAGAUAUGUCUGUGGGCAUUGCUUUGGCCACGAGGAUCUUGAGGCUUUGAAUGUAUUCGUUGAUUUAUCAUAUCAUACCCUCCAACAUUUCUCCUAUGAAAAUAGGGACGUCCAAUUCCAUAACGAUAAUUUUACUAUUUAUACUGCACACAUCUUACUGGGUUGCUCGAGCCACUCUGGGCAGCUUCCAACAUAUAUAAAAACACAAUAAAACAUUAAACAUUAAAAAAAACUGGAUUGCCUUCAUAUGGCUCGGGGGUUGGAUGACUCCAUACCUUCCAACAUUGUUCCAAAGAGAAUAGGGACAUCCUAAGGAAAAGUGGGACAUUCCAGGAUUGAAUCAGAAACUGGGACAGCUUCUCUAAAUCAGGGACGUCCCUGGAAAAUAGGAACGCUUGGAGGGUCUGUCAUAUUGAUUUCCCACCCUUCCUUCUAAAUAAGCCUGGAGUGGUGAUUUGCAUGCUUUUUUAAAACAGUAAUAUUUAUUAUUUUCUAUACAUAAAUAUAACAAAAGAAAAGAUUGACAAUAAUAAAGAAAAAAGAAUAACACAGAAAAAAGAAAAAGAAAAGAGAAUAUAAAACAUAAAAUACAACAAAUCUUCCCAACACUAACAAUUAAUUAAAAUCCAUCUUCAUAAACAUAUUAUUUGACUUCCUCAAAUCUCUUCCAUCUGAAUUUCUUAGUAAUUAUAUAUAGCAGUUUCCAAAAUCAUUAUUUCAUAAUACCAUAUCACAGUCAUAAUCAUAUUUCCUAACUUUUCUUAUCGUAUAUUUUCUUGUUUAUAUAUUUAAUCCUAAUUUAAUCCUAGGCCUAAUUGAUUCUUUCAAGUGAUUACAUGUCUUUAAUAUUACAAUAUUUAUUCAAAUAUUCUUUAAAUUUCUUCCAGUCUUCUGGAAGAUUUGCAUGCUUGGAAAGAGUAGCUCAACAUGUCGUGAUCUGAACUAGCCAUACUCUAAACAAGCUAGACCUCUCUGAUUUAGGAAAACCAGCCGUGUCCAGUUCCUCAUUUGGGAUAUGGAAAUGCCCAGUGAGCCCACUGUUUCGUUAGAUCCACUUCUUCUUUUUGGUCCUCUGAAAGAAACAGUUUGUGUUUACUUCCUACCCUCCAACAUGUUGAGUCCCAAAACCAGGAGGCACAUCUUCCCAUCCAUGCUCCUGCACAAGUUGUGUGACCUGUGUGAGAUCAUGAAGCCCAAAUGAAGCACUUUAUCCUGGGUCAUGCUCUCACUGUGCCCCAAAGCGUGCAUUUUGGGGCACUGUGCAACAUUGCAGCCCUGAAAAAAGGGUGAAGUUUCAGCGCAAAGUAUUGAGAGGUCACGGCACCCAAAAUGGUGGUUGUGCUCUUGUGGGGAGAAAAAUGGAAAGUCCUGGUUUUCCCAAGACCCUUGCAGGGUAAGUUAACUCUGAGUAGGUCUGAGGAUCCCAGGGUAUGGUCUGAUACAUUUUUGUUCCCAGAUGCUUAGGAAGCUGAGGUAAUUUUAAUCUGUUUUAGCAUUUUAACUUUUGUAUUUGUUUUUUUUAAUAACUUUUAUUCAAAAUUAAAACAAAACAUAUUAUCCAGAAACAUAUCAUCCUUAUUUCCCCCCCAUUUUUCCUCCCUCCCCCCACAGAACCCCACCCCCGACUUCCCCCAGUUCCAGUCUUUGAUUUCUCUAAAAAUGCUGUUUUCUGCAUGUUACACAGUUGUAUAGAUCCUCAAACUAUUUAGCUGAUUAUUAUCAAUAAAAAGUUUGUGAAUGUUUAUUCAAAACCAGCCAAGGAAUCCAGUUUGCUUUGUUGUAUCUUCAAAUACUUUGUAAAGGGUUCCCAUUCAUCUUUAAAGUCACAGUUAUCCUUGUCCCGUAGCUUGUAUGUCAGUUUUGCCAGUUCUGCAUAGUCCAUCAAUUUUUCUUGCCAUGAUUCUUUGGUUGGGGUUUCUUCAGUCUUCCAUCCUUGUGCUACCAGAACUCUUGUGCUACCAGAACCGUUGUCACAUACAUGAAGAUGUUUUUCAGCUUUUUUGGCAGAUCUUUCCCUACAAUCCCUAAUAAAAAUGCUUCAGGUUUAACUUUUGUGUGUUUUAAAGUAGAGUUGUGAAUUUUUCUUGUUGAUUUAUCUUCUUGUAAACCACUUUGAAGUUUUUUAAACAAUCAAGCUGCGUAUAAAUUUAAUGAAAUGAUUAAAUAAAAUGUUUGCUGCUUUGGAUUCCAUGGUAGGGCUAUAAAUAGGAAUUAAUUCAGGAGUUUGGAGGACAACCCAUUCCAGAACGUUCUGCCCCACUUUUCUUUUUCUCCAGUGUUUUCCUGGAAAAAUCUAGCAUGCUUACCUGCCUGCACAUAGCUUCUACUGACUUUUAAAAGAGCGUACAAAAUGCAGGAAAGGCCUGAGGUGCUUUCAAAUCAAACUGAAAUAAUAAAUGCCUUUUUGUAAUGCUGUAUUUUUAACAUUUUGGUUUUGAAACUGCAGGAAGGGUUUGGAGCCAAGAUGUCACCCUGCCCAUCCAUUUUUAGAAUAGAUUAACCCACAGUUUACGUAAGCUAAGCUAUUGGUUAGCAGCAGAAUCCUGUGUGGCCUGCUGGUUUUUGGCUAACAGAAAAGUAGAUUUCCAUUCCCCUUAAGCCUUUUAUUAAUUCAGCUAAUCACUGUGAUUUAAGACAUAGGUAAACAACUGAGAUUGGGUUGCAGUAUCAACACGGGCCUCUUGAACACAGACAGUAUGCACAUUACUUGAUUUCAUUACACGUGGUUACUGUGUGUCUGAAAGCUGAGCAGAAAAAGCAUUGUGUAAGAGAGCAAAUGCGACUUCUGCCUGGGGUGUUAAUAUCUGUGACACUGCAGAUGACCUUCAAUUAAGGUGGCCAUUAAUGAAUUACCAAAAAAGAGAGCAAAUGAAGACAUGGCUUUGCAUAAACUUUGCCUUGGCUACUUUAUAUGUAUAGACGCAAAUUUAGAAAUAGUUAUUUAAAAAAAAUUACAGUUGAAAUCUUUAUUUUUUUACGACCCACCCUAUUCUUGUGACUGUUAACUUGUUUUAUUUUAUUUUAAACUAUCAAUUCUUUAUGGAUUAAAAAAUUUGCAUGUCUAUACAAACAUUGUGUACUAUCUCUUAACAGGUUAAAAAAAGAGAAAAUUAUAUAAAAUAGAAAAUUUAUAAAGAAAAAAGAAGAAGAAAUAAGGAAGUAACAGAUAAGAAACAAAGAAAUGAAAUAAAAACAAAACAAAAAAGACAAAGUUAUUUACAUAGUAAAAGUACUCAUCAUCACAAUCCUUCCCAUCUUUCUCAUUAUACUGUUUGAGAUAACAUUCUUUUUUACACAGGUUUACAUUGUUUAAUAUAAUUUCUUUCUGCUUUGUAUACAUUCCUUUGAUCUUUUUCUUUAUAAAUAUCAUUCAAUUUCUGCUAAUAUGGAGUUAUUUGUACAAUAAAGUUUUACAUAAUUCUUAAAUAUUAUCCAUUCUCUAGUUGUUGUUUUUUUGUUUGUUUCGAUAUUCCUCUAACUAAUCCCGUCAGUUUUGCUAACUGUAGAUAUUCUAACAUGAGUAUCUGCCAAUCUGUAAUCUCUCGGAGCGUUUCAUUCUUCCAGUUCCUUGCUAUAAGGGUUCUAGAUGCUGUUAUACCAUACAUAAACAAUGUUCUUAUAUCUUUUUAAAUUUCUGGUGGUAGUAUACCAAGUAGGAAAAUCUCUGGGGGGUUUUUGAAGGUGAUUUUAAAUAGUUUCUUAAACUCGUUAUAAAUAUCAUUCCAGUACAGUGGUACCUCGGGUUAAGUACUUAAUUCGUUCCGGAGGUCCGUUCUUAACCUGAAACUAUUCUUAACCUGAAGCACCACUUUAGAUAAUGGGGCCUCCUGCUGCCGCUGCACCGCCGGAGCCCGAUUUCUGUUCUUAUCCUGAAGCAAAGUUCUUAACCCGAAGCACUAUUUCUGGGUUAGCGGAGUCUGUAACCUGAAGCGUAUGUAACCUGAAGCGUAUGUAACCCAAGGUACCACUGUAUUUGCCAAUGGCUAUACAUAUCCACCACAUACGAUAGAAUAACCACUCCUCUUUUUCGCAUCUCCAGCAGGUUGAUGUUUUCCCUUUAUACAGCAAGCUUUUUGGGAGUAAGAUACCAUCUAUAUACCAUUUUCAUGGUGUUUUCCCUGAGAUUAUAGCAUGCUAUGAAUUUAAUGUCUGUUGUCCAUAAUCUCUCCAUAAGUAUAUUAUGCCCAAAGUCCUGCACCCAUUUAACCAUAACUGCUUUAACUUGUUCCUCUUUUGUUUCCCAUUCCAGAAGAUACUCAUACACUCGUGAAAUAUUUUCCUUUUUGUUAAAUAUUAAUUCUCUUUCGAAUCUAGAUGUUUCCUUUGCAAUUCCUUGUUUUGAAUCUAUAGUUAAUCUUUGAUGUAGCUGGAAAUAUUGUAGCCAAUCUGUUAGCAAGUUUUUAAUUUCCUCAUAUUUCUUCAAUGUUGGUUUAUCCUUAUCUACUUCCAAGACUGAUCUGUAUGUCGCCCAUUCUCCUUUCAUGUUUCUUUUUUUAACUGCCAUGGCUUCUGUGGCUGAGGUCCACAGGGGUCUCUUUGGCUCCAAUAUUCCUUUGUAUUUAAUCCAUAUUUUGUACUGUAUAAUGAUUUCCUUAUCACACGGCUCAAAAAUCCCCUGUGGACUUUCACUUUGUCGUAUACUAAAUACGCGUGCCAGCCAUACCUAUUAUCGUGGCCUUCUAGAUCUAACACUUCAGUUUCUUUUAACGUAAUCCAGUCUUUUUAUCCAUUGCAUUUCUGCAGCUGCGUGAUAUAAUUAUUUUAACUAGAAAUAUAAUCCAUCAGUUUGUUCCCACAGUGCUAAAUACUGAUAGGCAUAUUCAAAGCCUCCAUUUUCCCUUCUUUGUGGUCCUUUUCUUUAAAUAAAUCAUAGAAUCACUGAAUUGUGGUGUUGGAAGAGACCACAAGGGUCACCAACUCCAAUACCCACAAUGCAGGAAUCUUUUGCCCAGCGUGAGGCUUGGACCCACGACCCUGAGAUUAAGAGUCUCAUGUUGUACCAACUGAGCUAUUCCAGCAGACUGGUUGGACUGGAAAACCCUUCAAAGAGAGAAAUCUUUCAAAUAAAGGACUGUCUUUUUAUUCAGAAUAAUUGUCACACACAGGAGGAAUAAGGAUAUAGAAUGCUUCACCUACGGGUUUAAAAAUAAUUCAAUGUAUCAAGAUGAAUAGGUAAAGGUACCCCUGCCCGUACGGGCCAGUCUUGACAGACUCUAGGGUUGUGCGCUCAUCUCACUUAAGAGGCCAGGAGCCAGCGCUGUCCGAAGACACUUCCGGGUCACGUGGCCAGCGUGACAAAGCUGCUCUGGCGAGCCAGCACCAGCGCAGCGCACGGAACGCCGUUUACCUUCCCGCUAUAAAGCGGUACCUAUGUAUCUACUUGCACUUAAGGGUGGUUUCGAACUGCUAGGUGGGCAGGAGCUGGGACCGAAUGACGGGAGCUCACCCCGCCGCAGGGAUUCGAACCGCCGACCAUGCGAUCGGCAAGUCCUAGGCACUGAGGUUUUACCCACAGUGCCACCCGCGUCCCUAGAACCCGCGUCCCAAGAUGAAUAGAUGUCAUUAAUAUCGUAGUUGUUGUACAGUCAUACCUCGGGUUGAAUAUGCUUCAUGUUGAGCGCGUUCGAGUUGCGCUCCGCGGCAACCUGGAAGUAACAGAGCGCGUUACUUCAGGGUUUCGCCACUCGUGCAUGCGCAGAUGCUCAAAAUGACGUCACGUGCAUGCGCAGAAGCGACAAAAAGCGACGCGUGCGCAGAUGUGCCAUCGCUAGUUACGUUUGCUUCUGGAUGCGAACGGGGCUCUGGAACGGAUCCCAUUCGCAUCCCGAGGUACCACUGUAUAAGGGAGUUUGGAAUGAUAAUGAUAAGAGUUUGGAAUGAUUAAAUGCCAAUAUAGUUAAUAGUUUCCAUAUUGGCCUUAUUUCCAGGCAACCGGGGGAACCUCCACUUGACAAAGGUUUCAUUCCUUGGCUUGGGCAUGCGCUGGAAUUUGGCAGAGAUGCCGCCAAGUUCAUGACUGACAUGAGGAAGAAGCAUGGGGAUAUUUACACAGUGAGUACCAAGUCCUCUGCGUGAGUCACCUUAGCAUUUAAUUUUAUAUUAUUGUUUUUUGAAGGUGAUGAAUGGGUGCCACCAUGACUCAGGCCCUGGUCUCCUGCUCCCCACAUCACCAGGGCUGUUGGUCAGAGGAUGUGCCUGUAGCAGGGCAGGAGAUUAGCAGCAUUUAGCAGAGAGAUGCUAGGACAAAUGUCACCAAUAUGGGGUCUGUGGACACAAUAACACCCUUGGGGGGCCUAAAAGGCCUCUGAUCCUCUACCCACCCACUAGCUGCCCCUCUUUAUCAUGAGUGGUGAAGAUAUUUACCUUUGUCUCCCUUGAGUACAUAAAGCUGAAGGAGGAAGUUGGUAGGGUGACACACAUUCCCUCUUUCUCUUUUGAUUGUAUUUGCUUUCCAAGGUUCAGAUUAAUUCUAAUGGGUCCAACUUUUACCCAAAUUACUUAGGAUAUGUGUAUGCACUUUCUCUUUCUGUGUCUCCAUGUGCGUGCACUGGAGUAAGGAAGAAAGUGACCUUAGAGCAGGUGUCCAUGGGACUCACUCACAAGUCUAAAGGAGCCCAUAGGCCUAAAAAGAUAGGUGAGCCCUGUGCUAAGGGCUGGGGAGAAGCAGCGAAGUGUUGCCUAACAGAGCUGUGUGUGCCCGGUGGCCAGUCCAGCACCCCUGAAGCUGCUGCGGUAGAUGACACUGUCCCACCACCAGUGUUGAAGUGAGAUUUAAAUGCCUGCCCUGUUGAGUUUGAGAAGAGCACUAUCUCUAUCUUGUCCUUUGCCUCGGGCAUCUCAGUGUCUUGAGCCAUUCCUGAACUGUUGACAACUUGAGACCCUAGUUUUGUGGGAGAAGCCCAGAAUUCCCUUGAGUCCUGUGAAGCAGGUGAUCCCAGAAAGCUGGUCUAAAUUUAGAAAAAGUUCCUAGAUCUGCUUUCCCUCACUCUCAAUAACCAGUCUCCCAUUUCUCUCUAUGCUUUCAUUCUGCUCUAAGUACUUUACUAACAGACCAAUCCAACUCUGACACUGGGUUGUGGGGCAUUUGGAUUGAGUGGAGGUGUCUGUCCACCCAGCUCUCCCAGCUGAACCAGACCUCUCAUUUGCCCAGCUCCACUUGGUUCUGAAUAGGUGGGCAAAUGAGAGGUCUACUGGCACUAUCUCCACCCAGUGGAAAGCCCUGAAGGAGGGCACUGGAGCUGAAGCCUGGCUGCACGGUGCGAUGCAGCAGUGCGGCAGGCGGCGGUGCUGCGGUGCUGUGCAUGGCAGUCAGCUCAGUGGAAUCCCUCCUUCGUCGCCAGUGAAAUAUACUCGGAAUCGAGUGUGAAUUUCAUGUUCUUUAUUCAGCUCAUAGUAGCAAUGAAUGAAACUUUCCCCAAAAUGUCUAGCUAUAUAUGCAUUAUUUACACAAUGGGCCCCGCGUGAUUGGCUAAUUCCGGGCUGCUCCUGUAGGCCAAGCAGGUUGCGGAUUCACCUCCUCCAGAAGCCUAAUUGGCCACUCUUGCAGGCCAAUCAGGUUGCUGAUUUACUUCAUCCAGAAGCCUGAUUGGCCACUCCUGCAGGCCAAUCAGGUCACUGAUUCACUUCCACCUGGAGCUGGAUUGGGUGGCUCCCGCGGACCAAUCAGACUGCUGCAUUCUGGAUCCUAUUGUUCUAGGAUUCAGCUCAGUACAUAACAGGUGGGUAGGGCUGAGCUGGCCCAGGAUCUGCUGGAUCCCAAGCUGAUCUCACUGCUAUCACCAGCCAGCAUAAGGCCCAUUCACGACGCAAAUGCAUUGUAUAUAGUGGUGUUUUUCUAGAAAAACCAUGAACACCUCCCUUGUUCUCUUAUAAUGGUGCCCUCCUGAGAGGUGCCGGAACUGAGUUCUGGCGAGUUCCAGUUGAAGAAAAAGCCCUGAUUGUAUCCCAAGAGCCAAUUUCACACUCCAAAAAUCAAGAGAGAAUGCAGCUGCUGUGCCUUCAAUCCUCCUGUGCCUCUUCCACUUCUUUCGUGCCUGUGCCUGCAAACAAAAUUCUUCUUUUGCCUCACGGGAGAUGAAGGUGGGUGACGGGAUAAUUGAAGCAAUGCGGUGGGACAAGGCAAAGCAGCUGCAUCCUGUCUUGCAGCUUUUCGAAAGCCAGGCACCAUCUCUAGAUGAUGACCAAGCAACUUUAAAUGUGAGAAGCUUUGUGUACAAAAUAGUCUACACAGGGAUAGCUUUUAUGUGAUCUUCCCUUUACAGGUCACAGAGCAGCGUCAGUUUUACAUAAUGACACAGUUCCUUCAUGUUUAGACAACUCAUCUAUGCAGCCUCCUGUUGCUCAAUACAUAAUUCUUCAGAGAGAGAAAUAAACUCGUAGGGAGAUUUUGCACUAUUAGGGAACACCAGCCAUUCUUGCUGACCCACAGCCUUCUUCAAGCAUUGCUUCAAGGGAAACCCAUGGCGACAGCCCUAUGCACAGGAAUCAGUGAGCAAAGUUAUGACACAGUUUUACCAUUUGGGAAACCCUUGAAUUUUAUUCAUUGUAUCGCAGAGGUAGCUAACCCCUUUCCAGCCUGGGGGUUGGACUCUGGGCUAGCCAACUCUCUGAAGGCCAGUUGUGAGUGGUGGUUGCGGGUGCUUUUGCCACUGAAAACAUGCUCUGGCUGGAACGCAUGGCGCCACCGCACAUACAGCUCAUAUAAACCCGCACGAAAGCACACACACUCACCAGAAUUGAAACAGGCACCAAAGGCAGAUCAGAAGUCUUCCUCUGUGACAUUAUCUAACACAGACAUGCAGACCACUCACAUGUCACACAGACAGGAACGUGCCACACUGUUGUGCGAUGUGCUGCUGGUCUUUUUUUUUUAAAUCAUUUUUAUUAAAUUUUCCACUUUAACAAUCCAAGCAAAUCCCAUUAAAUAUUCCAAAUUAUACAUAUCAAAUAAUCCAAAUAUUCUGCCAAAUUAUAAUUUUUUUAAUAGGACUUUCCAUGCUUCAAGUUCGGCAGGUUCUGAUCACCCCAUAUCUCUUCUGCUUUUCAUAGUCAUUUCCGAUGGUUCCUCUAAUUCUUCCUGUUGUUAACCUUCCUUCUUUCACAGCCUCUGAGUUCUUCCCACAAGCAAGUGAAACAAGCAAUCAUGUGUUUCUGUGUGGAUUUUAUGUCUAUGAUUCCCCUCUAUAAGUUUGCAGCAUCUCCUCACAUGCUGGUGUUUCUGCCGAAUCAAUCCAAAGGUCUUUUCGCUGCUGGCAGCCGCCAUCUUCACUCAGUUCCGAUGAAAUCAAGUCUAAGCGUCCGCUCAUUAAUUUCUCCAGACCGGUUGCAUCAAACAUUAGCCUUUCCAAGGGAAAUUUACCAAAUCAAACUGGAAAUACAAAUAUUAAAGGCUCACCUCCCCCUAUGGCUAUUUGUAAUUCUGCAGCUCGGUCUUGACUUCCAUCAUGGCGGAUUUCCAAAUUUAAAAGUGUGACACAGCUCCUACACAGAUUCUAGGAAACCGUCCAAAGAUUUUUAACAUCUCUCCAGUGGCUAAUGAGAUCCUUCUUCUGUCUAAUAUCAACAAAUUGGAGAAUCUUUUAUCCUCUUCCAAGCAAAUCAAAGAUCAAAAGCCUUAAUUAUAUAAUAUUGCAAUGUGCUGCUGGUCUUGGAGAGGUUAGGUUUAAAUCUUUCUACCAAGCUCAGUGCUGCAUUUGGGGAGAUCUCUGCAUCUCAGCAUGGGAUUGAGGUUCUAAACUUCUCCUCCAAGCCCAGUGCUGACCUGGGAGAGGGGAAUCGUCACCUCUCCUCUUCCCAGAGUAGUCUCUGGAGAGCAGUGACAGAUAUUUUCCCACCCAUCACAACACCAUGCAGGGAGAAGAGGAGCCACCCCUCCCAGUGCAGUGCUGUGAUGGGGAAGAACAUGGAGCUGAUAGGAACCAUAUUGGCUCAUUUAAGAACCUUCCCAAGAGGGAAUAAUGGAAAGUUCACGGUGCAGCUGUUUCGUUUCUGGUGCUAUAAAUAUAUGGCACCUAAUUGCAUUUGCUUUUAUUUCUUGGGGGUUUACAAUGCUACUGGUUAAACAUGGAUUUGGAAAGCAAGUGUACGAUACAUUUAUUUCUAUGGCCACAUUUAUACUUCCACUUCCUUUAAUGAAUAACACACAAGUUUCGUAUUUUCGUGAUUUGCUUGGCUUGUUUGUAUUUCAGGUUCAAGCUGCAGGGAAAUUCAGGGAAAAACCCUGAAUUGUCCACCCCAAGCCCUGCCUUAUUUCUUCCCCCAAACAUCAAGCGAAGGGGGGGGGGGUUGGCUUAGAGAAACCAAGAGGGGUGAGGUUUAAGCGCACAGUCUAUUCCAAGCCCCGACAGCCUUUAAAAUUUUACAGGGGGCUCCCGAUUUAAGUGGUACCAAUGGAAGGGAUUGCAGGGUAAAUUAAACCCACGCUAGAAGAGUAAUAAAUCAAUAAACGGCAGGCACAAUAAACAGCAGGCACAAACACACAAAUCAAUAAACGGCAGGCACAAUAAACAGCAGGCACAAACACACACACGACUUAAAAUUAGAGAGGAACAGGAAAAGGAACCCUGAGGAUCAUCUAGUCCAACCCAAGCAAUGCAGAAAUAUUCAGCUGUCCCAUACAGGGAUUGAACUUGCAACCUUGGCAUUAUCAGCACCAUGCUCAGCUAUCCAGGCUCUCAAGGACAGUGGAGAGGGAAAACGCAGCAGCACCCUGGCCAACAAAUUUAAAUGUAAGGCAAACCCACUCAGUCACCCAGACCAGCCAUGCAAUUGGACAGGCAAGGGCAAUAGAGGGGAAAACGUACAAGCACCCUGGCCAAAAAUUAAAUAAAAACGCACAGCCACCAAGGCAGAGGCAGGGGAAGGAAAGCGAGGAGACGAGGGAGAAAGAAAGACAGAGCCACACUCACACUCAGACCUCGCUGGGGGCACGUGCUGGGCAAGGGAACAAGCUGCAGCUUAAGAAAGGUAAUUCGCACUCAGACCGCACAAACAAAUCAAGCACCAGGAGUGGGGGGAAAUAGAAGGUUAAAUGUAGGCUUUUACACGGAAAAGAGGACACAGCAAGGCAAACCUGGAUGCCUGGGUUUUUAAAAGCAGUAAAGCAAUGAGUGCACGCAAGCCUCCUAAAGUUAAAAGGCAAGCCAGGAACCAGGCAGCCUCCACACACACAGACCCCCCCCCCGACUCCAAACCUCGUGGCUCUUCCCUGUGAUGACUGUGAUGACUCCUAGCUGAUGACUCACGACGAGAGGACGGAGAAGAAUGAGGCCGAGGAGAGGCUGGCACCGCCGCAAAAGGCUGCUGAACACGCCCCCUCGAAGGCACCUGGUUGGAGGCCUGCCAAGGGGGCGUGGGCGCCAGCCAGGUGAGAGGAGGAGUCAGGGGGCUAAUGCCCCCUGCUAGGGGCGGUGCUCGGGCUCCCGCCCACAACCACUCCCCUCUCUUCCAGGGAGGAGAGUCUUUCCUUUAAUGAAUAACACACAAGUUUCGUAUUUUCGUGAUUUGCUUGGCUUGUUUGUAUUUCAGGUUCAAGCUGCAGGGAAAUUUGUCACCGUUUUACUGGACCCCCAUUCCUACGAAGCAGUGCUUUGGGAGUCACGUUCCAAGCUAGACUUUGGCCAGUAUGCCCGCAUUUUAAUGGACCGAAUGUUUGAAGUCAAGCUGCCGGAUUACGACCCUAACGCGGAAAAGGUCAUGAUGAGAAUGUAGGUGCCUUUCUUACAUGAACAGUGCUUGCAAAAGCCAAGCCGCUGUACCAUGGACCAUCUAUUUAUUUGUUGCAUGUGUGUUCCACCAUUCCUCCAAGGAGCUCAAGGUGGUGACCCCCUCCCCAUUUUAUCUUCACAACAACCCUGUGAGGUUAGGCUGAGCAGCAACACUUGGCUUAAUGUCACCCAGUGAGCUGGCUUGGCCUAAAGGGACUUGGCAUCCAACAUCAUAGAAGGGACCAGAAGGGUCCUCUAGAGAUAAAGUAAAGGUAAAGGGACGCCUGACCAUUAGGUCCAGUCGUGACCGACUCUGGGGUUGUGGCGCUCAUCUCGCUCUAUAGGCUGAGGGAGCCGGUGUACAGCUUCUGGGUCAUGUGGCCAGCAUGACUAAGCCGCCUCAUGGCGAACCAGAGCAGAGCACGGAUAUGCCGUUUACCUUCCCGCUGGAGCGGUACCUAUUUAUCUACUUGCACUUUGACGUGCUUUCGAACUGCUAGGUUGGCAGGAGCAGGGACCGAGCAAUGGGAGCUCACUCCGUCACUGGGAUUCGAACCACCGACCUUCUGAUCGGCAAGACCUAGGCUCUGUGGUUUAACCCACAGCACCACCCGCAUCCCUUCCUCUAUAGAUAGAUGGAUUGAAUUUAUAUACCGCCCUAUACUCGGGGGUCUCAGGGCAGUUCGACUCCUGUAAGGCAGGAAUCUUUUUGCCCAGAGUGGAGCUCAAAUUCAUGACCCUGAUAUUAAGAAUCUCACGCUCUAGCAAUCUGGAAGGCUGCAUUUUCCUCAUCCCUACUUUAAAGGUCCUUACAAGAAGAAUUGGAUAAGCAGCUUGGCUUUGUAAAUAUUGUUGUUUCCAGAGUCUUCCUGUAGAAUCUCAAAUUUUGAAUGGUGUCUGGGUUUUAAUCUUUUGUACCGGGGGGGGGGGGGAGGUGGGUCUCUAGCAUAGCCACAAACUACAUUAAACCCUUAAAACUGAGGGGGAGGGCAGAGGGAGAAGGCAAUAGCAGGACAUAAACAACCAGACCUCAGAGUUUAUGCUGGCAAAUGAAAAGGAAAAAACAACAACACUGAGGAUAAAUGCUCAUUUGAUGGAGCUGGAGUCACAUGACUGGAAGCAUCAGAUAACUCUGUUUACAGCCCAAUGCUUGGGUGGGGGCAGGGACUGAUGCUGCUUGACAACUUGAGCACUUGCUUGACAACAACCUUACAAUGCCGGCACUUAAAUGAAUGCUUUGUAAAGGCAUAUGCAACUUUGGGCCUGGAUAGUUGGGAGAACAGCUGAUGUCAUCUGGUUAUAACUCUCCAAUUGCUGGCAUCUGCGAGAGAGGCUCUCUUGGUUGCCCUGCCUUUAGCUGAUGCUUAUUAUGCAGCAAUAUGGGGGACAGCCUUCUCGGUGGUGGCACCCCAGUUCUGGAAUUCCCUCCUCUACAAGAUACAACUGGCACCAACUCUCUUGAGUUUUUGGCACUAGCUGAGGAGCUGGUUAAUUAUUUCUAAAUUUUGCAGAAAGUGGCUUGUGUCAGGCCACUUGGUGAGCUCAUAGCAAAGGUGAGAUUGGAACCUGGUCUGCAUUUCUGUCUCUUUGUCUCAACUCAGGGGCGGGAAACCUCUGGCUUGCAGGAUAAUCUGUGGGAAGCAUGCUGUUGAAGCAGACUUCUGCAGCCAGCAGGAUGAGUGGACAAUACAAUCCUGCUCAGUUUGGCGGCACCUGCCUGUUCCCCUGCUGAGAACAGGUGUGCACAGCCUAAGUGCAGUGUGGGGCUGUUUGAACGCUCUUUUGCAAGCAGUCCGGUGCUGCUCUUUAAAUUUCUGAUUUUGGAGAUUCAGAGAGUCAUUUGGGGGUAUUGUAAAGGGGUUUUCAAAUAGCUCCAUGCUGCACUUUGAAGUUCUGACAGCAGGGGCUACAAAGCACCGCAUUACUUGAUGUCACUAUGGUUUCAGGUGAUUGACAGGUGUGUGGCCCCAGCCACAUAUACAAUUUGGCCCUGCGGGGUGGAGAAAUAAGGAUAUGGCCUGCUGGUUAGAAAUGGUUUCCUAUUCCUUCCCCAGCCGAUGAUUCUUUUAUUGUGAAGUUGACACUAUACAAGGGAAUCCUGUUGCUUCUGGUUUCUUCUGAUAUUAAUAAUCGGGAGUACUCUUAUUACACCUCAGUUGAAUGGAUCACAGAGAUGUGCAUUACCACCUCCUUAGGUAAAAGCAUAACCAGCGGAUCAAAUUAAUGUUGGCUAAUGUAAACAAGGAGUGGCUCUGCUGGAUGCAAGUUCCUUGUGAAAGCUUUACUUGUGGAAGUUUCCCAGUGAGCGGGCCAAGAAAAACAGAGUCAUUUAGUCCUCUGAGGUGUUCAGUAACAGAAUGGUUCUCAAAGAAGCAGUCGAUGUAGCUUUGGGUAAUGAAGGCUGCAUGGUGUAUGCAGCAGAAUGAGGAGAGUUCAUGUCUCAGUUCAGUAGUGAACCUUGCUACGGAAUUUAAGGGCCAGACAUCUUCUCCCUGCCCAACCUACACUGCAGGGUUGUUGGGAGCAUAAAACAGAAAGAAAUGCUGCCUGACCUCUUUGGAGGAAAGAUGAGGUGCAAAUGUGACAGAUAUGUAAACAGAAGAUAGUGGCUGCUCAGAAGGGCACCAAACCGUACAGUAAUGUUGGCCACACUGUCAGCUUUGGGUCUUGUUAUGUGGGGGCCUUUCUCUGUCUCUUCUCAAGGCCUUAUUCCCUCAGCAUGUUAUAUUCUGCCUGUUCCUUUACACUUGUUCUAACAAAAACAAGCCCAAGAGCUACAAUUUCCAGAGCUCCCUGUGAAGAGGGACAGUUAAACCACUCUGAAAACUGUUGCUCCAUGAGGGGAGCAGGUGUCUCCUAACCUAUUCUCAGAACCCGUAAGAGACUGAAGUUCCUAGAAUUCUUUGGACUGUUGAAAGUGGUCCAGGUGGGGCCUGCCUGUAUGUGCAGUGGCUCUGAUGCGUGAACAUCAGAAAUAAAUUCUAGGCUUUCAUGUUCAGUACAAAAAAGGGCAUGUGGCAAAUUGGCUGCCAUUAAUGAACUAAUAAUGCACCCCCAAGUACACCUGCCCUCUCCAGCAGUUGUUGCAGGGAAAGAUUGGUAAUGGUACGUAGACGUAUUUUAGGGAAUCUUGCCAGCUCACUUGGGACCUCUGAGUUCAUCCAAACUGCUAUCUAUGCUUGCUUCUCCAUUAGCCCUUUUCUCUGGAAUUGCCACCCUUUGGUCAUAUGCUUUUUACGGAGAAUCCAGAUGUUGCUGUUGUUUAAUUGCUGCAGUCCAGUAUUUUCUGUGUUGUCCUCCUGUAUUUUUCAGAUCUCAGUUGUGGGCAUUUUUAGCUGCUGUAGUCGAAUGGGACUGCAGCUCAGGCAAAGCACUAUGGAUGAUCGUGUCAUUAAUUUAAAAACUCCUGUUUGUAAGUCCUGCUCUUUGUAUUGCUUCCUGUUGCUUCCUGCUGAGAAAUGUGACGAGAGCCCCUUAACUGGCACAUUGACAGCUUCUCCUCCAGAUGGGCUGGUGGGGAGCUUUAAGUUACUGUAUUUAGGAAAAAUGACUACAGCAGAGGGAGACUCUGAACACUUUCGCCAUUAACAGUAGUUUUGUGAGUUCAGUCCUUCAAGAGUUCACAGUGUGUAGCAGCAGAUAAGAAAGCCAAUGUCACAUGUGUUGCAGUUUUCAAUGGGAUUGCAUUGUUCAUGACUGAAACAUUCUAAAUCUUGCCUCUUACUGUUACUUUAAUUGCUACUGUCCCUGAUUUAAAUUCUACACUUUGUAACUGGGCCUGUAACAAAAGAAAAGGAACUUAUGUCUUAUGAAUGGUUAAACUACACCUUUAAUAAGCUCUUGCUUUUAUUCUUCUAAAGUAAAGAGGUUUGUUUUGUCCCACUUUUCCUUCCCCAGGACUCUGCAGAACAAGAAUCUCCCCACCCUAACAAAGGCGAUGUUCUUCAACUUACGAACCAUUUUGCUUUCUGACCCAGAUAGAGCCAGCCAGCAGUGGAAAGAGGAAGGUCUGUUUCACCUCUCCUACAGUACAAUGUUCAGGUGAGCACAGCAUACCUAAGCCCUUUCCUCUGAUACAGGAAGAUGGUGGCGAGGUCUACUCAGGGCCAGCAUAUAUUUAUUCAGACAGUUUAUAUACCGCUUAGUUGCCAUCAUCUCGAAGUGAUGCACAAGAAACUCAGUAUAAUCAGUUAACAUUAUAAAGUCAGAAUUCAAUUAAGCUGCCUGCUGGAAUAAAAAAGUAUUCAGUGGGUGCUGGAAGUUCAACAGGUGGGGAGAGGGCUGUCUAUCUCAACUAGAAAGGCAUCUCAUAAAACUGGGCUUGCAAUACCAACCCAAUGGCUCCUUGUGGAUACAAGCCAUGCAUCUGAACCAUGGGCGGCCACCAGUAGUGACUUGGCAGGGAUAUAAGGGAUCAGGUGGUUCCUACAUCAGAUACCCCAGUAGUGAUGUAUGGAAGUGAGAGCUGGACCAUAAAGAAGGCUGAUCACCAAAGAAUUGAUACUUUUGAAUUAUGGUGUUGGAGGAGACUCUUGAGAGUCCCAUGGACUGCAAGAAGAUCAAACUUCUCCAUUCUUAAGGAAAUCAUCCCUGAGUGCUCACUGGAAGGACAGAUCGUGAAGCUGAGGCUCCAAUACUUUGGCCACCUCAUGGGAAGAGAAGACUCCCUGGAAAAGACCCUGAUGUUGGGAAAGAUGGCUGCACAAGGAGAAGGGGACGACAGAGGACGAGAUGGUUGGACAGUGUUCUCGAAGCUACCAGCAUGAGUUUGACCAAACUGUGGGAGGCAGCGGAAGACAGGAGUGCCUGGCGUGCUCUGGUCCAUGGGGUCAUGAAGAGUCAGACACAACAACAACAACAACAACAACAACAACAACAACAACAACAACAACAACACAUCAGAUACCCAGUGGCAUCACUGGGUACCAGAUGGGACUCCUAACUUACCAGGGGACCCAUUGCCAACCCUCUGCUUUUCUUCCUCCCUGCUCUUGCUACCUGUUUGCCAUUCCUCACAAGGAAAACGAACAGCAACAGGAAGGGAGAGAAGGAACAGCAGCAUCCAUCGGACCUUGUCCUCUCCCUCCGAGUGAGUCUGCAAACUGGAUCAGCCCAUAGGUUGAGGGGCAAGCAAAUAGGCCAGGGAGAUAGCAGUGAGGAAGAGGAAGAGCAGUGAGGAAGAGAGCAUCUUGCCCAAAGGCCCCCAAAACAUGGGUCUGUAUAGGAAAGGAAGCUUGGUCUUAAUUCUUAAGUGAAAUCUGCAACGGUGUGUCCUUAGGAAUGAAAUUGGCACUGUUCAUUUCCUUGUCUAUCCUUCCACCAUCCUGCAGAAUGUGGAGAAGAAUACAUAUUGAAUGUCUAAAUGGACAUUGGCCUUGUAGAACACCACUUUUAAUGAGAAAUAAAACACAAUUUAAAUAUCAAAUGGACCUUUAGGCCCAUUGGGGAUCUGGCAUGUAUAUUGGUAUGUAUCUAGCCAGGAUCACACAGUGGAACAUUUUCAGUUCAGAAUCCAGCCUUCUGGGGAGAGUUUAAAGCACAGAUGGGAAACUUGCGGCCUUCCAGCCAUUUUUUGAAUGAUGUCACAACAUUGGCCAUGGUGGCUGAGAUUAAUGGGAGUAAGAGUCUAAUAGCAUCUGGAAGGCCACAGUUUCCCCAUCCUGCUCUAAAGACUGCUGGCCCUCACUUUUUUACAAAAGUUAUCAAGAGUUGUAACCCAAGGUGACUUUGCACUUGUGGAAAGGACUUCUGCUUCCACAUUGUGGGACACUGUUUUCAAAACAGAUGGAAGCUGGUUUGAGGGAAGAUGUGCCAGAGAACAGCAUUUCUCCAGAAGCAAGAGCAUUGUGGCUGAUGUUGUGUGUACUCACAGGAGCCUGAGUAAACAGCAAUGUGUACACAGUCAUUGUACACAUUGUACACAUAGUGCAAACCAUAGAUGGUGAUAUUGUCAAUAGAUGAGGAGACUGAUUAUGAGAAAAAUGGGAUGGAAGAGAUAAAACUCAGCUUUGGAUAUACUGAGCAUGAGACAAGCAAGAAGAAUAGCAGAAAAGCAGAUAUUUAAUAUAGAUAUGAAUUUUCAAAAGGCACGCAUAAUGAGUUGAGGAUGAAAGGGUUUGAACAGAGAGGUAGAGAUGACACCAUUUCCAUAUAAAUGGUACUGAAAGUCAUUGUAAUUAAUAUGUAAUCUAGAUGACUGUGAUAGUUAUAUUGCAAGAAAAUAAAAGUAUUUUAAAGAGGAUUUUUAUUGUUUCUGUCCCCACUUGCCAGAGCUGGGUUCCUGACACUGUAUGGCAAUGAAGGCAAAGAUUAUGAGGAUAGCAGGAAUCAAGCUAAAGACCUGGCCUUCUCCCUGGAAAUAUACACUGAGUUUUAUAAACUGGACCGUCUUUUGAUGAAAGCUGCUCGCUCCAUCUUGAGUGCAGGUUGGUGUGUCUGGUCAAGAACAAUCAUUCCCCAAACUCUGGUGCUUGGUAAAUUGGAAGUGGUGUGUGGCUUGGCCUCCAAAAACAACGCUCUCCAUCACCAAACCUGGAAAUUCAUCUCUCAGCCUUUGUAGGCAGAGCUAACUGCUUGAGGCACCAGACUUGGGGAGAGCUCAUGGGACUCUGGAGAAUUGUAGGAGGCUGCCCCGCCCCAGCAUUUGCUGUUUGAGGUGGCUGCCUCAAUCUGCCUAACGGUAGGGUCGGCUCUGCCCUAUCCCCCAACACACCUUUCUUUAUGUAAAUUUAUUUUUUGCAUUUUAAAAUUAAGUUAUGUGUAUUUGCAUAAAUGCAUAUGUUUAUGUGUGCGCAUGCACACACACACACACACACACACACACACACACGAGCACACAGAUCUCUAAUGGAUCUUGGAUAGCCUUAGGAUUUCAGAACCAGAAGGUAAUUUGAAAGCAAUCUACUCCAGCUUCCCUGCUUUGUGCAGGAAUUUUGCAAUAACAGAUUCCUAUGCAGAUGGGCCUGAUGGGCCUCUUAGUUCAUCUAAGUGAAGGCAAGUCCAGCACCUCCCAGGGAAGCUUACUAUACUGUCGAGAAGCUCUUGCUGUUAGGACCUUCUUCUCAUGUUAAGCCCAAAUCAGCCUCCUUGCAAUUUCCACCCCUUUGUUUUGUCUUGCCCUCUGGACCAAAAGUACACAAGUCUGCACCACCGUCUAGAUCUGGUGACCCAUCACCAUUGAGCUCUUUUGCUAAACCAGCAGAGCUUCCACCCCACUCCUUUUCCACCGCUGCCAGAGCCAUCUCUACCUUGGCAGCAUUUUGGGUUAGGCCGUGUCCCUCAAGUUUCAUUCUCAUGUCUUCAGAGUUUUGGCGGCGGCAGCUGCUGCUCCACUAACCAGAUGUUCCCAGUUGCAAAAAAUAAGCCCAUAACACUGCUGCAUAAAUGUGAUCUGACAGUAACAGAAAUGUAGCUUCCGAGAAGGACUAGACUACUUAAUGUACAGAAGCUAUUAUGAGCAGUAGAUGGUGCUAUUGUGCAACCUUUCAGGUCGUUUUGCCUUGCAGGGAGUUGUGGUUUGCUUGUUUUUUUAAGGAAUAGAUAGAUCUGGUUACCCCAGGGUCAGCAAACUUUUUCAGCAGGGGGCUGGUCCACUGUCCCUCAGACUUUGUGGGGGGUCGGACUAUAUUUUUUGGGGGGAAAUGAACGAAUUCCUAUGCCCCACAAAUAACCCAGAGAUGUAUUUUAAAUAAAAGCACAUAUUCUACUCAUGUAAAAACACCAGGCAUGCCCCACAAAUAACAGAGAUGCAUUUUAACUAAAAGGACACAUUCUACUCAUGUAAAAACACGCUGAUUCCUGGACCAUCCGUGGGCCGGAUUCAGAAGGUGAUUGGGCCAGAUUCAGCCCCCGGGCCUUAGUUUGCAUACCCAUGGGUUACCCAUUAGAAUGAUACUUGCAGAAUAGUGGAAAAACUAUGAGGACUACUACUGAAACAGUGGAAACCUCCAUGGCAGCAGAGUUCCACCACUGGCAUAGCCCAGCAGAGGGACCACCACCUAAUCCUAACUCCUCUCUUCCAAUAGUGCUUAUUAUGGGGUUAGGAUUCUGCUCUGUGCUGUACACAUAUCAAAAGAUAAGACAGUCCUUUUCUACAGACUUACAGUCUAGUAGACAUGAUUCAAAAGGAAAGGGGAAUGGGGAGGGAAGAGGAAUGCAAGUAUCCGAACAGUUCCUCCUCCUCUAGCUGGUUGAUGGGGCCCAACUAGUCCUUACUAUGCCAUUAUACACCUCCUGGGAGGCAAAGGUUUCAGCCUCUGCUCACUGACAAAGACCAGAGUGUGCUUCCCUUUAUCUCUGCAAUCCCAGGGUACUGCUUAGAGUUCUCCUGGAUUCAAAUUCUUGCUCAGCUAUGAAUGGUGGCAUUGGAGAAUCUUUCAGUAUACCUACUGAUUUAUGAAAUCAUUUGUCUCCCACCUUUCAUUCUUAACAAGGACCCUCAAGACGGCUAACAAUUAAAAUUGGAAUUAAUGCAUAUAAUGCAAUAAUCUAUUUUUCAUUUUUAAGAAUAUUUAUUCAAAUUUUAAGAUUACAAAAAAAGAAAAAAUAAAGCAAGAAAAACCAAUCACAUACAUCUUACAAAAGAAACACACCAUACAAGAAAAGAAAAAAAAUACACAAGACAAAAAGUCACAAUAAAAAUAACAAAAGAAAAAUUCAAAUUAAACAAACCGUUUUCCCAUUUACUUAUUUCCGUGACUUCCUCUCACUUCUCUGCUUUGUAUUCUAAUUCAAAUUGUAUCUCCAGCAAAUCCUUCUAACCUUCUUUUCAUUUACUUAUUUUAACAUUUUAACAUUCAAAAAUAUUUAAUUCUCCUCUAUCUUUUAAUUUACACUUCAUAUUUACUUAAUUCCAUUAUACUCUGUCUGCCAAUACGGUCUAAUAUUUCUUCUCCAACCUUUCCUAACAUUCUUAUAAUGCAAUAAUCUAAGGCAAUCUAAAAUAAUCUCACAGGGUUGUUGUCCGGAUAAAAUGAGACGGCCCCAUAUGUGCUGUUCUGACCUCUUGUGGGAGGAGGUAUAUUAGUGCAAUCACAAUAAUACAACAUUCCUAUUGAUGCCACUGGCUUUUCUAUGUGCAGCGGAAAAGAAGGAAAUCAACAGCCUUAGGAAGCACCUCUGGAAGUUACUGUCUGUGAAGAGACUGGAUUGCAGAGCUAACCGAAGUGUUUGGCUGGACAGCUACAAACAGCACUUGGUAGACCUUGGAGUAGAUGAAAAUAUGCAGACAAGAGCAAUGCUGUUGCAGCUCUGGAGCACUCAGGUAGGAAAUUCCACCAUCCCACUUCCUCAAUCGACACUUUUAUUUUGGAGUUUAAACAAUAGGCAUGACUCUCCACUUCCAAACUUCCAUGCAAUAUUAUAUACAUAAUAUUGUAUAUAAACAGUAGAAUGUAUCAUUUGAUGUAAUAAUCCAGAAAUGGUAGCUGAGGGAAGUCAACAGGGAGGGGGGAAAUUGGGAAAUGUAUGUUUAACAAUGAUAUUGGAUAUUUGUUUUGAGAAAAGAAAAUUAAUAAAAAUUAUUUUUAAAUAAUAAUAAUACAGUCAUACCUCAGGUUAAAGUAGCUUCAGAUUGAGCGUUUUCAGGUUACGCUCCGUGGCGACCCAGAAGUAACGGAAUGUGUUACUUCCGGGUUUCGCCGCUUGCGCAUGAGCAGACACUCAAAAUAACGUCACACGCAUGCACAGACGCGGUGAAUCACGACCCGCGCAGACGCGGGUUGCGUUCACUUCAGGAUGUGAACAGGGCUCCAGAACGGAUCCCAUUUGCAUCCAGAGGUACCACUGUACUGACCAACUGGAUAGCUCAGCUGGUUAGAGCGUCUUGCUGAUAACGCCAAGGUUGCAGGUUUGAGCCCCAUAUGGAAAAGCUGCAUAUUCCUGCAUUGCAGGGGUUUGGACUGAAUGAUCCUCAGGGUCCCUUCCAACUCUAUGACUCUAUUACCUAUAUGGGCUAAAGCCUGACUUGGUAUAAAACAGUUUACUACUAGGGGAGUAUCAGUAGUGGCAGAAGAACAUUGUAUUCAGGAGCCCCUAAUCAGUUUCCAGAGGAACCUUUGUGAGCACACUCUGAAAACCACUGCAUGCAGCUUGCUUUUCUGCUUCUUUCACCUGUAAACCCCACCCCCUGUACACACACACAUUCCACACGCAUUAGUGCAUCUGCCCCAAAUGACAUUGCACUCUACAGUUUCCCUACAGCUUCCCUAGGAGAUGACAGGAAUUUUCUGGAAUGCAGUCUCCAAGGAGGCGGAAGAGACUUUAUUCCACCACCACCCCGAGAAGCACGAAUAAACGCAUUUGCUUGCAACAUGAAUGAUUAAAAACCUUGUGCACUUUGUCCCCUCCUUUAAAUGCCUGCACUUUAAUUAAAAGAGCAGUCGCCCUCCUUGAAAAGUUGUGCGGAAUAAACUUGCAUCCUCUUCUCCAAAAACAGCAUGAAUUAUGCAUGCCCUGCGCUCUUCUCUGUUAGGUUUAAUGUACUGUAGAUGCACUUGCUAUCAGCGAUGGUGCUAUAUUGCAUUUCACUUAAUCAUCACAAUUUUAAAAAGAAAAGCAAAGGAAAAGUACACAAAGCUUGGUCCGCCGGAUAUUUUUUUUACCCUUGAUUUUCCACGGAGUGUAUUUUCCAGAUUCUGAAAUAGAUUUGCCAUCCUGGGUGCAAAGGGGCAGGUGGAAAACUUCCCUAUGCAAAGACAACCUGUUUUUAUAAUUAGGAAACUCUGAAACCCUCUUCAAAAGUUCACCUGCUACAUGAUUAGGAUAGUGCAUGGAGGAGAAUGGAGAUGAGCUCAUCAGCUCCAUCCUUUUAUGUCACCUCUUGAACUCUCAGAUCGGUAACUUUCCACGGCUUGGGAACUGAACUUCUUUGGCAAGCAACCUUCUCUACUUGUGUCAGCUCUCCACACAUUUUGAAAGCCUGGAAGACCAGGGUUCUAGAUUGUACAGUGCAUGUGUACAGCAGGCUCCCUGCUACAGAAAUUCAGCCCCAGACAUGUGGAGGGCUAUGAUGAGAACAUGGUGGAGGGGGCAUGUUCAAGCUAGAUGCUAAAAACUCGAGCGGAGCUGAAACUGUCCCUUGCAUGAUUCCAGUUACAUGGAGGAAAUGUACUUCCAAAGAGGGCUUGAGUUCUCAGCUGUCCAUUUAGCACUGAUGGUCAAACCCUCGCUCCAGGUUCAACACAUUUAGGAAGGGGGCUUAACAUUGUAAACGGGCCAUGGGGGUGAGGGGGGUGGUACGCCCCAGGUGCCAUCUGGGGGGGGUGACAUCGCAGCCGCCCUCACCCCCUGGGACUCUCGCUGCUUGCUGUACACCCCCAGGACUUGCACUGCUUGCUGUGCAUGCCCCGGGAUGCACACUGCUUGCUGCACACACACCCUGAUGCGUGCCACGCUCCCUGGGACGUUUGCCAGCCAUGCCUCCAGAUGUACACCACCCCCAGUGCUGGAGCAGGUAGCUUCGCCACUGCCUGGAAUUGAAGCUGGCACCUUUUGCGUUCAACUUUCCUGGCACUUUUUCUCCAUAUGGCCAUUGGCUGCAGCAAGCUUAAUGAUGUGUAUCAAUACAAGCCAACUUCAUAAGCUAGGUCUAAACAAAGCAAAAGACUAGAGCAAAAGCUGUGAGGUUUAGGAAAAAUUGGGGGGGGGGAGCAAAUAUCUCACUUUUUCCUUUUUUUACUCCCUUUUGCUUUGUUCAGCCUUUAGAGAGCAGUAUAACCAUUCUUUUCCAGAUCGUUCCUGUAGUUCAGAUUGCUAGAAGCCUUGUUUUUGAACUGGAAGUGAGAUGUAGGAAUUGUAUAGAGAGAAAGGGAUGUUCUGUGGCUCAGUAAAAGGACACACACCAUGCACGCAAAAGGUCUCGCGUUGCAUCUCUGGUAAGGGAUGUGAGAAGGCAGUGAUUUCUAUACUCAUCACAAUCUGUUCUGCUUCCAUUCUGCAGCACUUUGGUUUCCACCAAAUACUACAUUAUUCACCACGCUGUCUGCUAUGGCUGAAUUUAUGUCGUAAUUUCUGUUACCAUUAUUUCCACGUAUUCAACCAUGCUUGGUUCGGGUGCAUGAGCUCUGGCGCACCGAAACCCUUAGGAAAACUGACAUAAUUUGCAUAUGUAAUGUAAGGGAGGUAGAUUAAGAUGCAAAGUUAUCCCCCCCCCAAACACACUCCAUCCAAACUCUCUCCAACAUAGUCAAUCAGGUUGAGCUUGCCCUGCAACUGGUUCCCAUUGAUUUCAACAGGUCUGCUCUAAGUAUGACAUGGGUACAAGCCUUCAUGUUCUGCUUCCGGCUUUGAUUCAAUUACAGUGGUACCUCAGGUUACAUACGCUUCGGCGGCGCAGCGGCAGCAGGAGGCCCCAUUAGCUAAAGUGGUGCUUCAGGUUAAGAACAGUUUCAGGUUAAGAACAGACCUCCAGAAUGAAUUAAGUUCUUAACCCGAGGUACCACUGUAUAUGCCUAAAUUCACAGGGCUCGUCCAGGCUCCUCCUGUUAUUGUCUUCCUGAUAAAAGAAUUGUCAGAUGCUUUGAGUUUCUGAAGGAGCCGAUUAGGUCUGGGAAUACUACCAUUAAUAAUGCACAAGUGCUCAAAAGGUAUUUAUCAGCCUUUCAGGGCAAUCCUUCAAGAACCAUCCUCUUGUUAAUUUACUUUCAUGUUAUGGAUGCAAUUGGUGUUCUUUACAAAUGAAAAUGAUAUUUACAGUGACUUGUGUUUUGUUUCCUUAUGUUGUUGUAGUAGAUGCUUUAUUGAUUCAUGAGUUGUUGUUUUGUUGUUGUUGACAAUCUUGUUGUUGUGUUUAUUUUUAGAGUAAUGCAGGGCCUGCAGUUUUCUGGCUUCUCCUGUUUCUUUUAAAAUACCCUUCAGCCAUGGCAGCAGUUCAAGGUGAAAUGGAAGGAAUCUUUCGAAGUAGAAGACAAAAAAUUGGACAAAUGCAUGGAAUCAGCCAAGAGAUUUUAGACUGCACACCCAUUUUUGGUUAGUAAUCUCACAUUUGGAGCCAGCUUCAGGCAAUUUGAUACCUUCCAUGAAACUUUUUUUUUAAAAAACAAACAUGUUAUUUAUUAUUACAUGUAUAUCCUGCCUUUGCUCCAGAGAGCAAGGUUCUCCCCAUCCCUAUUUUUUUGCCUCAACAAUCCUGUGAGGUAGGUUAGGCUGGCAAAUGGUGUCUGGGUCUAGGUCACCCAGUGAGUUUCAUGGAGAAGUGUGGAUUUGAACUCUGGUCUCCCAGCUCCUAGCCAACACCCUAACCACUAGACCACACUAGCUCACAGCAGUACCACUGGCUCCUGAAGUCCCUGCACCCAUUCCAUGUGCCUCUUUGACAUCCAAUUUCCCUUCACAUAUUUCCCUUCACCACCAGAUUCUCUACUGUCCCUACAUUUCUGUGGUCUGAGUUGCACUGUUUCCAGAUACCCCUAUCAUGGUUAUAGCUGUCUCCAUGUGCUGCCCAGUUACUCAGUCUUUCUGAAUCUGUGCAGAGCCAGCCCUGUCAUUAGGUAAGGCAAUCAUCAUUGGGGCAGGGCCUACAUACUUAAAGCUGGAUCCCUGCUUCAGACCUUUCGCCUCAACAUGUGGUCAUGAGGGGGCAUAAUGGUGGGGGCAAUGAAAGCAUCUGCCCCUCAGACAACCAUAAUCGCCUGAGAAGAGAACAACUGAAGCAGCCUAAUAUCUGCACUUCUGUGCAGGAAAUGGUACAUAACUCUCAUAUGAUGGCACCAGCUUAAGUAUUCUAUUACAUGUGUCCUGUUUCAGUCAUGCUGGGAACCUACAGGGAGCUGAGCAAGACUUGGAAGGACUGGUUUUGAAUGGGAGACCAACAGAAGCUGGUGUUACCAUUAAAGUUUACAGGACCUUGGACAGGUCCUAGGCACCCAUGAAUUACUUCAACAAUGCUCACAUAACCAAUUGAGGUCCUAAGUCAUGGUGGUGGCUUCUUCAGUGCUUGGGCAGAACCCUGGUUUGAGAACCCUGGCAUUCUCCUGGUACGAUUUCUAUCUUCUCAUCCAAAAGAUUGGAGGACUUUUGGUCCAUGACGAGUUGGUGGAGUUCCUCAUUGGAGGAGCCUGAGACUACUUCAGGGAUAGAGUCAAAGAUCAAACCUCCCUAUGCAGGGUGAUCCAUGGAGUGUUAUUAAUUACUGGGCCUCAGGCACAUUUGGGAAGUGCAGGGUCCCUGAGGAAGACUCAUAUUUGUAGAAGCCUCGAUCAAUAUCUGAAGAGCAAUAAGUUGGCAGGCACUUAAUACCUCUUUCACUCACUCUCACUCUCACUCUCUCUCUCAUUGCCCCCUAAAUUUCUCUGGAAUGCACAUCUAAAUUGCUGCUGAGCCUCCCCUGCAAGAUUUAUGUGAAUGUGUGGUUAUUCUUAAUGUGUAGUCAUAAAGGGAAGAGAAAUACUUCCUCAUUAGCAUCUGCCAAAUGUAGGACUCCAACAUGCUCUUAUAUAAUCAUUGCACAAGCGUCCAAUUCAACAUCAAAUUUAUUUGCAUCUCUCAAGAGAAGUAAGAUUGUGCCUAAUGUUUAUGGGUGGAUAUUUCUGGCAUACAAAGGUCACAUUCUACACCACCCCCUCCCAUAUCUGUACCUUUUCAGAUUGGUUCACUGUACCUCUGUGGAGCUGCUUUGGCACCAUUUUUAAAAUCCUUAUUCUUUUUGGCUGCCUGAUCCAGCCAGUCAAGGAGCACAAAGCCAGCGUGAUAUCACAGUGCCACAUAACCAAUCAGGGCUGGCUACGUGAUGAUGUCAUCAAUCCAAUUAGAGCAGCAGCCAUGCCUCCUGCCCUCCCUUUGAAUGGGCAACAGUCUUUGUCAUAUUUUGCAUGGCCUCCCAAGCUAUCACAAAAUCCCUCCACCUACAUUUCAUCUCAUUGAGCAAUGGAGGAAUGCCCAAAUUUCCUUGUUGGCUUUUGGAGAAACACUCAGAUAAUUAAGGUAUUAAUUUACACAGCAUUUCUAACUGAUGGUGGACUUUAAAACUCCUAGUUUAGUCAUCUCUUCCCUUCCGAAUGUGGAGAAACAGUGGUGCAGCGUUGCCAACAUUGUGAUCAGAACUGAGAAAUCUAAAAGACAACAAGGUAGCCCUAGACCACCAUGUCCUUUCAUUAGAUUACUCCUUAGGCACAAGGAGUAUUUUAAGUCACUACAUCUUGUUCCAAGCACUGCAACUCCUACAUUUGCACCAUAGUGCCUUUGUCACCGACCAUGUUUCCUUAAAGAGGAAUGUUCAUUAACUCUGUUCAAAACUGCUAUUAAAACAGGGUUGAUUUGUCCCGGCAGUGACACAUUUUCACACCAUUCUUCCUGCUAAAGAUCAGCAUAUGCCGUGUAAGGACCUUUUUCAGCUGCUAGGGAAGAUGGGCAAUAAACCUGUUCGAACCAAGAAUGCUCAAGGAGGAUAAGACUCUACUAAGCACAACUGCUUGGAAGUACUUGUCCCAUGGCAAAAAAAGAAGAAGCAGCAGCUCCAAAAAAAUCAGCAGAUCCACACUAUACACUUAAAGCAUAUUCCAUGUACAAACUACAGCUCCCAGUAUUCCCAGUUGUUGUUGUUGUUUGGGGGGAAGCCACUUGCUUUAAAUGUGUGUUGAAUAGGCUUGGAAUGUAUGGUGCGGAUCUGCCCACAGAAAAGUACGUAGUUUAUUGGGGGGGGGGGAAUCCUAGCCUGGCUUUCACCCUGCCAUGAAGUUUUCUAUGUACAGGAUUUGAUAUUCAUUCAUUCAUUCAUUCAUUCAUUCAUUCAUUUAUAAAGGGUCAUUCCAUUCUUUGCCAGCUAGAAAUUGUAGCGGUCUAGUUCAGGAACUUUUUAAUUUUACUAUAAACUAGUUUUUCAAAACCGCCUCUAAAUUCUGGUUCCACAGGGAGCUCGAAGAGAUAUGGAUUGUUUUCCCCACUUUCAUUUUAUCUUCACAACAUCCAUGUGAGAUAGGUCACCCAGCAAAUUCCAUGGCUGAGUAGAGAAUUAAAACCUGAGUCACGUGGCUCCAGUCUUUACUUUCUGACAGUGACCCCAUACUGGCCUCCCACACUGUUAAAGAACAUAAAUCUGUGUUCUUAAAUAAUUGGAGGGAGUUCUUAAGUCUUUGAGAUGUAGGUACGAGGUAUGAAUGGUCAUAGUGCUGUGCGAUAAGUAUAGUACAAUAUAUGUGCAUUACUAGUAGUAAUUAUUAUUUUUUAAAAUAUAUACAUAUACCAUUUUCAGCCAUCAAGAUGGAUUUAAGGGUAGAACACUAGAAAUCUAAUGCCGUGAAACAGAAUAUCUUUCAAUCAAACAAUAAAAAUUAGGCUGUUUAUGUUAUGUACUAAAAUGUGGAUAUGUACUGUUAUGCUAUAAACUGUAAGGAAUGGGAUGGUGGUUUUAUAAAGAAAUGGAGGGGAGUAGCACACACCUGCUGUUUGCACUUAAUGUAUUUGCAGCAGGAAACCUUGGUGUAACCGUGAUGUGCCUCUGGCAAAUGUAAGGAAUUGCAAAUAGAAGGAAUGUAACGGACUGGCAAAUGUAAUAGAAGGAAUCUAAGGAAUAAGGCAAAUGUAAUAGAAGGAAUCUAAGGGACACGGGUGGCACUAUGGGUUAAACCACAGAACCUAGGACUUGCCGAUCAGAAGGUCAGCAGUUCGAAUACCCACAACGGGAUUGCUCGGUCCCUGCUCCUGCCAACCUAGCAGUUCGAAAGCACAUCAAAGUGCAAGUAGAUAAAUAGGUAAUUCUCCGGCGGGAAGGUAAAUGGCGUUUCCGUGCGCUGCUCUGGUUCGCCAGAAGCGGCUUAGUCAUGCUGGACACAUGACCCAGAAGCUGUACGCCAGCUCCCUUGGCCAAUAAAGCGAGAUGAGCGCUGCAACCCCAGAGUCGGCCACGACUGGACCUAAUGGUCAGGGGUCCCUUUACCUUUACCUAAGGAACAGAGGAGGUUGCUUUAUACUAAGUCAAGACCCUUCCUCCAUCUAGCUCAGUAAUACACUGACUGACAGUGGCUAUCCCAGAUUUUAGACAGAGGGUCUUUCUCCCAGCCCCACCAGGAAAUGCCCAGGAUUGAACCCAAUAUUUUCUGCAUGCAAAGCAUGUUCUGUACCAUUGAGCUACAUCUGCAAGCCUCUUCCUUUUUCACUGGACUAGACUCCUUAUCACUUUUCCUUUGCUGCCAGUCCAGUUUUUCAGGAAAGCGUAGGCAAUCUUGCAUUUCCUAAGGGAUAUCUCAUGGUGGAAUUUUCUUAAGUGAAUUUGCAGUGUUAGAAAAGUGAGCCAUAUCCUUGGCACACAGAGAUAAAGGCAGCUGCUCCUACCUUUGCUCCUUUGCAUGAUUAUUGGACGCAGUAAUUCCCCCCCUUUGCUUCUCCCGUUUGUACAGACAGCGCAUUGAAUGAAAUGCUACGUUUGACAGCAGCUCCUUUCAUCACCAGAGAGGUCCUUCAAGACAUGUGCCUGAGACUGGCAGACGGCAGAGAGUACAGCCUGAGAAAAGGAGAUAGGCUUUGCCUCUUUCCAUUUAUAAGCCCUCAAAUGGACCCUGAAAUUUAUGAGGAGCCAGAGGUAAAGCUGCACUGUUCUGAAUCAUGUUCCUCCUGACAGUUUCCUCCACAGAUUCCUUUUACUGCUUGGCUUAUUUAAACCCACUGGGUUGAGUAUUGUGACAAUGCCAUGUUCAGCAUCUUUAAGACCACAAGAAGAUCCUGCUGGCUCUGGCCAAUGGCCCAUCUAAUCCAUCAAACCUCUUCUUACAUUGGCUCACCAGUUGCCUAUGGGAAGCCAGGACCCGAGCACAGCAUCACCCUCACCACUGGUGAUUCCCAGUAACUGGUAUUCAGAGGCACACUGCCUCCAAUAAUGAUGAAGGUAGAACAGAAACUUCAUGGCUGGUCACCACUGAAAGCCUUAACAUCCAUGAUUCUGCCUAAUCCUCUUUCAAAGCCAUCCAAUAUGGUGGUCUUCAUUCUAUCUUGAGGGAGUGAAUGGCACAGUUUAGCUGCCUACUGUGUGAACAAGGGAAUCUAUCAGCUUUCUUGGAUGAACCCCAAGAUCUGGCAUUAUGACAGAGGGAGGAAAUAUUUUCUCUCUCUACUUUCCCCAUGCCUUGCAUAGUUUUGACCACCUGCAUCACGUCUCCUCUUAAUUGCCUUUUCUCUAAACUAAAAAGUCCCGAAUGCUGCAACCUUGCAAUCCUUCCUCAGUGGGGGAUUGCUCCAUCUCCUUGUUUACUCUCAUCUCUCUUGCAGCCUGACAUGGGCAUAAAACCCAUGCCAACAUGUCGAAACAGCACAAUAUUGACAGAGUCACAAUCCCAUGCCUAAAAACAACCUAGCUUUCUGGGGAGGAUUGCACGUGUUUCAGGAUUCUUAACGCCAUGCUAGCGUACAAACUGGUACUGCUACCAGUUUCUCGAGGAUUUCCAUUUUCUUCUGAAAGAAACAAGUUUUAGCCCUUAAAGCUAGAGAGAUAGGUUUGAAAGCGCUUGUUGACAUCUCAAAGGGGAGGGAGGUACAAUUUCCAGUGAUCAGGAAAGGCAGUUUGGAUGCUCAGCAGACUUUUUGCCCCACCAAAGACUAGCUGAACCAGAAGUAAUGCUGAACCCUGCACCUAAUGACCUUAAGCCAUUAGGUGGGUAGGCAAACUAAGGUCCGGGGGCUGCAUCCAGCCCAAUGGCCUUCUCAAUCCGGCCCACAGACGGUUCGGGAAUCAGCAUGUUUUUCCAUGAGUAGAAUGUGUGCUUUUAUUUAAAAUGCAUCUCUGGGUUAUUUGUGGGGCAUAGGAAUUCGUUCAUUUUUUCCCUUCAAAAUAUAGUCCGGCCCACCACAUGGUCUGAGGGACAGUGGACCGGCCCCCAGCUGAAAAAGUUUGCUGACCUCUGCAGCUUAAGUCAUGUUUGCUUAUGGAAUUCACUUCAACAGGACGUGGAGAUUGCCACCAAUUUUGGUUAUUUUAAAAGGCAACUGGGGGGAAAGGGAGGCAAAUUGAUGGAAGAUCAUGCUACCAGUGGAUGCCUCUGAAUAUCAGUUGCUGGGGAACAACAAGAGGAGAAUUACCCUCAUGUCCUUCUUGAGGGUUUCCCAGGGCAUCUAGAAUCAUAGAAUCAUAGAGUUGGAAGAGACCACAAGGGCCAUCGAGUCCAACCCCCUGCCAAGCAGGAAACACCAUCAGAGCACUCCUGACAUAUGGUUGUCAAGCCUCUGCUUAAAGACCUCCAAAGAAGGAGACUCCACCACACUCCUUGGCAGCAAAUUCCACUGUCGAACAGCUCUUACUGUCAGGAGGUUCUUCCUAAUGUUUAGGUGGAAUCUUCUUUCUUGUAGUUUGGAUCCAUUGCUCCGUGUCCACUUCUCUGGAGCAGCAGAAAACAACCUUUCUUCCUCCUCUAUGUGACAUCCUUUUAUAUAUUUGAACAUGGCUAUCAUAUCACCCCUUAACCUCCUCUUCUCCAAGCUAAACAUGCCCAGCUCCCUUAGCCGUUCCUCAUAAGGCAUCGUUUCCAGGCCUUUGACCAUUUUGGUUGCCCUCCUCUGGACACGUUCCAGUUUGUCAGUGUCCUUCUAGCUGUCCAUUAUAAGGAAAAUGGAUGCUAGACUAGAAGGGUCUUGGAUAUGAUCUAGCAGGGCACUUCUUAUGUCCUUAAGCACAUUCUAUAUGAAAUGUGUUGCUUGACAGGAGUGCCAAGGCAGACAUAGAAAAACAGACUGUCCUUUUGCAAUUCAUCAUUUGGACAUACUGAUCUCACUUAUCUCCCGGCCUGCCAUGUGAAAUAGUGGAGAGCAACAGAGAGGGGGCAAAAGUCCUCAUGGUUUGUGGAUGUCGCAUACACUGUAUUAGCUUGGCUGGAAAUGGCAAAAUCCUCCAUCCGUAAGUGCCUGAGCUGUUACUGUCAACACUGAUCUGGCUCACCUGUUCCACCCUUGGUAGAGCUCCCGGAAUUACUCUUGCGAUAGAAAUCUUAAUGGAUCUACACAGCCAUUGCAAGUUGGAUAUUCGAUAUGCCAGCAAGCCAUGAUUUCUUGUAUCCAAAUCACAAAGAGCUUCUGGUUCACAUAAACAUAUGGACACCCCGUGGUUUUCCUACACCUGAUUAUUCUGUCUUUGGUGACUGGCUGCUGAAUGGGUGAAUUGAUUUGAUUGGGGGAAAAGAUGGCAUUGGGUGAUGACAGAGUUUCCAUCUGUGAUGUUAGAUCCGAAGUGGCUCAUUCACACACGCAGCAUCUGUUGGUUUUACAGUCACCUGUGAACCUGCUCAGGUAAUACGUGUCCCUCAAAAAUUGGCUCUCAGGACCAAUUCCAGGAGUAAAAAUAAUAACUCUCUGGAUGUAAAAAUAGAAUGAUGUAAUCCAGGAGUUCCCAAACUGUUGUUCCUGGACCACCAGUGGUCUACAAGAUGGCAUAUCUGAAUUAUAUAUUCAUACCAAUUUUAAUUGUAUUUUUAUUGCUUAUUUUACAAUUACGCUGGCUGCAACAGGUAGAAAAAUCAUUAAUGGUCUGCGAAGACCAUCAGUAAUUUUCAAAUGGUCAGUGGGGUGGAGGGCAAAGUUCAGGAACCACUGAUGUAAAGAAUGCUAAGUGCAGACCAGAAUUGAUAAGUGGAAUUCCUUUUUGGCUGUUGCUGUGACAACCUAAGGCACUUCUUUAAUAUAUCAAUGAGUUUCUCCUUCUCUGUCUUCCUACCUCCCUUGCACCAGCACCACGUUAAUCUUCUCUUUGUUAACAAAGAAUCAAACUGGGAUUGCUUCCUCUUAUGAACAGCCUCCCAGGGACCAUUAUGGCAGAAACGAUGCUGAUAUUAUUGUAACUCAAGUCUCAUUAAAUUAUUGUUUGUAAGGUUGCACGAGGCUCACCUGCCUCUCAAUUAGCAAGUAAAUUCCUGUGUUCUAUUUCAGGAUCCAAAAACAACAAAAAAACCCAACAGCAUGUUUUAAAGUAUUUCUCAAAAUGCUCAUCAAUGCCUUACAUGACAGAUUUAAUUUGGAGCAAGCAGAGACUCUCUGAGUAAGCUUAGAAAAAAGUAAGGUUGUUAACCUUAAUUGCAAUUAAAUGUUCCACUUUUGCUGCAUUAAGCUUCCAGGCAUCUAUGAUUUGAGAGCAAACAUCUUUCAGCUCCCUAGGCACUUCCAUCCCCUGCUAAAGGAUCCAGAUGUGAAUCCUGUAGAGGAGAAGGAAAUGGUCCUAAAUGCCUAAAGCAAUGCCAAAGUGGCGCUGUAGCCAUGAGACAGGAGACUAGUGCUGUGGGCUGACUGGAAGGGUGUAGAGGAGGUUCUGGCUUUGAAAUGUUGUUCCAUUUUCCCCAUUCCACUCCCAAGGACAGCCAAAGAGACUUAGACUGAGCAUCAAUACAUCCAACAGCCAAUUCUAAAUGCUCUUCCUCCUUUGUCAUAGAAUGGGCCUCAGGCAGACAACGGGCUAGAAGAAAGCAAUGCAUCAAAGAUGCAUUUACUUCCAUCUGCCCCAAGGAAACCCCCAUUAAUUUUAACAGAGUUUGUGGAGGAGAGCUUACUGUGGAUUUUCCCCUGUGUUGCCACUCUAAGUUUCCUCUUGUAUCUUGUGACUGAAAAGGGUGCAACAGAAGUAGCCAAUAUGAUAUUCUCCAGAUGUUGCUGGACAUCAGCCCCAGCCAGCAAGGGAUUAUGGGAGUUGUAGUCCAAUGACAUCUGAAGAACACCACAUAGGCUAUCUCUAGUCUACAAACCAAGGAUGGUCAUGUAAACAAUUGCCUUGUCACAGGAACUUUUAUUCUUUUAUUAUUGUUGCUAUAUAUCUAUACCUACAUCUAUAUCUAUAUCUAUAUCAUCUAUAUCUAUAUCUAUAUCUAUAUAUCUUCCAAACAGAUUCCUGCCCAUGACUCAAAAUCCUUGUGCUCUGCAUUUUUGAUGUUUCCUAAAAGAAACAUUUCCUCACUUUGAACUUCUUUUUUUCAGAAAUUCAGAUAUGACCGAUUCCUUAAUUCGGACGGCACAGAAAAAACAGAUUUCUAUAAAGGAGGGAAAAGCCUCAAGUAUUACUCCAUGCCAUGGGGAGCAGGAAUAAAUGUCUGUAUCGGAAAGUUCCUUGCAGUCAAUAGCAUCAAACAGUGAGUGAAUUUUUCAUGUUGAUAUAAUGACCGCCUCUCGCAAUAAUUUCGAUUGUAAGAAGCUAGCGCUGGCUUGUAACAAAAAAAUGACAGGAUGGCGUUUACUCAGAAGUAAGUCCCAAAGUGGUUGAUAGGGAUUACUCCCUAGUAAGUCACAUUGCAGCCAAGCACUGGCCAUGAUGGCUGGGGACCAGUGAGAGUUAGAGUCCAUCAACAUCUGAAGAACCACAGGUUCCAUAUCCCUGGUCUGUCUGAAACGCUGGAAAGUUAGUUGGUGUACACUUGCCUGGUCCUUGACCUGGUGCCCCCAAGUUGGACUACAAGUUCCAUCAUUGCUGGCAAUUGGUUAUGCUGGCUGGGGCUGAUGGAGACUGGGGCCCAACAACAUUUGGAGGGCUCCAGGUUGGUGAAGGCUGGUGUAGACAAUAUUGAGAUGGACCAAUAUGGCAGCUUCCUAUCCCAUACAGGAUUCCCAGUCACAUGGAAGGGGCCCUGUGCAUGUAGGCAUAUUGCAGGGAGAUACGCAACCAACACAUGUGGGGGGGGGCAGAGCCUGCUCCUAGCCGUCCUCCCAGCCAUAUGCAUAGUUCAGAGGAACAACUUACAUUGUUAUUAAUUCGAUUUAUGAGCUGCUUGACACAUAAGGACUCUCCAAGUGACUUACCGAAUUUCAAAAGCAUAAAGCAUGGCAUGAAAUCAGGAAAAAACUAACAACGUAUUGUAAUAAAAGCGGUACAAUAGCCUAUAAAAUAAACCCAAUAAAAUAGCAGCGAAAACGUUCCAUCAAUAUAGAGAAAAGCCAUCGGAGUUCUGUCAGGCACAGAAGACAAACUUCCCACUCCUUUGCUGUCCUGUAUUUCCAAUCAGAUACUUAAAGCAUGCUUAAAUUUUUUCCCCCUGAGUUAGCAGGUUGACACCUGCAACUAUCUAGCCCAGGGGUUGUCAGCCUGGUCCCUACCGCCCACUAGUGGGCGUUUCAGGAUUCUAAGUGGGAGGUAGGGGGUUCUAAGGCACAAGCUGAAUCGUCUUUCCAUUGAGCACUGGUGGGCAGUAAGGAAAUUUUGCCAUCAAAAAAGAUGCAUUAGGUAUAAAAAGGUUGACUACCCCUGAUCUAGGCAAAUGGUGCGUACACAGUGCGUGUACAGUGCUACUCAGUAACCUGUGGGGCUGGCUCCAGCUUGGAAUAUACUUGGUAUAGCUCCUCCUCCUGCCCAGGUGGACCCCUCCGACAGGUUUGUCUAGUGAUGUUGCUCCUAAAAUUGGUGCCAGGUACAGUGGUGCCCCGCAAGACGAAUGCCUCGCAAGACGGAAAACCCGCUAGACGAAAGGGUUUUCCGUUUUUGAGUUGCUUCGCAGGACGAAUUUCCCUAUGGGCUUGCUUCGCAAGACGAAAAUGUCUUGCGAGUCUUGAGAUUUUUUUUCCGCUUUCCCCCCCUUUAUCUAAGCCGCUAAGCCUUUAAUAGCCUUUUAGCAGCUAAUCCGCUAAGCCAAUAAGCCUUUAAUAGCCGCUAAACCGCUAAUAGCGCUAAUCCGUUAAGCUGCUAAUAGGGUUGCUUCGCAAGACGAAAAAACCGCUAGACGAAGACACUCGCGGAACGGAUUAAUUUCGUCUUGCGAGGCACCACUGUACCUGCUAUUUCUCACCUUGAUUCCAAGGUAGCACUGCUCAAGGGGCAUUGUGGGAAAUUUAAAUGGAAGCUGCCUGGUCAUCCAGCACUGCACAGCUGCAGGGGGUGCAGAGGUUCCAGGGAGUUCAAGGCAGUGAUCAAAUGUGAUGUGCCACCUUUCAGCUCAUGGCCACAAUGACCUUCACAAAGGUGAAGGUAAAGGGACCCCUGACCAUUAGGUCCAGUCGUGGAUGACUCUGGGGCUGCGGCGCUCAGCUCGCUUUAUUGGCUGAGGGAGCCGGCGUACAGCUUCCGGGUCAUGUGGCCAGCAUGACUAAGCUGUUUCUGGCAAACCAGAGCAGCGCACAGAAACGCCGUUUACCUUCCCGCAGGAGCGGUACCUAUUUAUCUACUUGCACUUUGACGUGCUUUCAAACUGCUAGGUUGGCAGGAGCAGGAACCGAGCAACAGGAGCUCACACCAUCGCGUGGAUUUGAACCGCCGACCUUCUGAUCGGCAAGCCCUAGGCUCAGUGGUUUUAGACCACAGUGUGCACAAAUUGAUAGAAAGCAAUGUAAGACCUACAUGGGCUCCCAGUACAUUUCUGAACACAAUUCAAAGUGUUGGUGCUGACCUUUAAAGCCCUAAACAGCCUCGGCCCAGUAUACCUGAAGGAGCAUCUCCACCCCCAUCGUUCAGCCCGGACACUGAUGUCCAGCUCCGAAGGCCUUCUGGCAGUUCCCUCACUGUGAGAAGUGAAGUUACAGGGAACCAGGCAGAGGGCCUUCUCAGUAGUGGCGCCUGCCCUGUGGAACACCCUCCCAUCAGAUGUCAAGGAAAUAAACAACUAUCUGACUUUUAGAAGACAUCUGAAGGCAGCCCUGUUUAGGGAAGCUUUUAAUGAGUGGCUGAGGAAAUCCAGCCAGUUGGGCGGGGUAUAAAUAAUAUAUCGUUGUUGUUGUUGUUAAUUCUGUGAGCCUUCUAUUUGCCUCCAGAUUGUCAGUAUUUUGCAGUAGGGAUUCAAGCACAUCCCAGGAGAUGCAGGUUUACACAGUUAAAGUAGAUUAAACCACCCAGUUGCCCUAGUGCCACAAAUCCACUUUAAAAAAAGAAUCAGUGUGGCAGUGACAGGGAAUUGCACUGAAAAGUAUGGGAUGGGCAUGUUAUUAGCAGGAAGAUGUAUGAACACCCUGAAGGCAAAUCGGGAUGAAUGCAGGUUCAACGCUCAUUAUCAGCGCUCAUUAUCUCAAAUAAGAAUGAAUGCUCAAUAAAGACUGGAUAUGAUUUAACUUCCUCUUAAGCUUUGGUGCAAGCAAAUCAGGAUGAAUGCUCAACUAAUAUGUCAUUUGGAGGAGCCCUAGGUGUGACCAGAUGCUGCCCCCAUCUGUCUUGAAUAAUUUAAAAUGAGCAGGUCACAAGAUUUUCAAGUUUAUCUAGACCAUCCAUUUAUUUUUCCACAGAAAGAAAUGUUAGGUAGCAUUGCUAAGCCAUUGAAGGCGGCAGCUUUGAUUCCAAUAAAAGAAAAUCAUACAAGCUUAUCACACUGUUUUAUGCACACUUAGCUAUGGUUUUCCCAGUAGUGAUGUAUGGAAGUGAGAGCUGGACCAAAAAGAAGGCUGACUGCCAAAGAAUUGAUGCUUUUGAGUUAUGGUGCUGGAGGAGACUCUUGAGAGUCCCAUGGACUGCAAGAAGAUCAAACCUAUCCAUUCUUAAGGAAAUCAGCCCUGAGUGCUCACUGGAAGGACAGAUCCUGAAGCUGAGGCUCCAAUACUUUGGCCACCUCAUGAAAAGAGAAGACUCCCUGGAAAAGACCCUGAUGUUGGGAAAGAUUGAGGGCACAAGGAGAAGGGGACGACAGAGGACAAGAUGGUUGGACAGUGUUUUCAAAGCUACCAGCAUGAGUUUGACCAAACUGCGGGAGGCAGUGGAAGACAGAAGUGCCUGGCGUGCUCUGGUCCAUGGGGUCACGAAGAGUCGGACACGACUAAACGACUAAACAACAACAAUCUGGGAGUGAGGCCCAUUGAACACAGGGGAAGCUAUUUCUGAGUAGACAUGCCUACAAGAUUACUUUGUAUGGCUGCAGCCUUUGCACACUUAUUCAGGAGUAAGCUCCUCUAGACUAUACUGUUAAACUGUAGUUUCAAUUACAGUUAAUAGCUACUGGAUAAAACAGAACUUUCUUCAUGCUGUAUGUAUACAGCAAUCUGUGCAUCUUACAAAAUUGGAAUUGUUGGAAUGCUCUGUUUAAAGUAUUGCUCUCCUGGUUUAUAUUCAUACUACCUAUUUUACAGAGUACAGAGCCAAGAUCUUGGAGGCCACUACUUCCAUCUUUCUCUCCCUCCCUACCCAACAGGCUUCUUGGCGUGGUGGGUGGCAGCUGGGGGGAUAGAUUGAUCUUGCCAGAGGUCUAACUGAUAGCUCACCAAAUGCUUUUGUAAGGAUGCAUGAAAUCAGGCCCAGGGCCACUUUUGUCACAUCCCUGUCUUUGGCCCUACUGACCAGGUUAUUUUUCUCAUUUCAGGUGUGUUUUCCUCCUCUUAAGCUAUUUUGAUUUGGAGCUGAAAGAUCCCAAAGCAGCAAUCCCAGCCUUCGACAAGGAAAGAUACGGCUUUGGAAUGUUGCAGCCAGAGAAAGAUGUCAUCAUUCGAUAUAAACUGAAAGCUCAGUAAAAUUGUAUAUUUCUUCCCCUUAUUGUCAAGCUCCUCUGGAUAUCUCUUCAUGUUCUACAAGAAAACAGCUGCUCACUGGUUUCAGUUGAAAUUUAUUUUGACAUGACAUGGGUUGCUAAGGUAUAUUUAUAUGUUAUAGCUACAAAGAGGGCAUAAUAAAUUGUUCUCUGUGGCAUCUGCAAGCUGUUCAUUUGCAAAAGCUCACCGGAUGGCUAUUGGGGCCCCUUCAGACAGGUGUUUUCUGCAACAUGUCAUUGACUCAAUAACAAUGGUGAGCUUAUACCGGACCAAUCCAUACAUCAUUCCCCUUUCUUAUUUUGUGAUGCUGCCCCAAUGCCAUCUGGGGGCGCACUUUUAAACUACCGUAUACUGCAACAAAAGUGGAACAUUUAAAAAACCCCAACAACCUUGACAGCAUUUAAUGUAUAAAAAGUUACAGGAUUUCAUCAGGAAACUACAGGGCUUGUACCUAUUACAAGCAAAGCAGUAUGUUUCCCCAAAACAUUUCCAUGCGCAAACUAUCAAAAGUGGGAGCAUGUGUAACUGCCCCGAUACCAUCACCACGGAUGCAUGAUAACAAAAGAAUGUCUGGAGGAGUUUCACCACACCAUUGCAGGCCAAUAUGUUGUAUAUAAAAAAAAAACUGGUGGAAAAUUGCAGAUGCCAUGUGGAACCUUUUGAAGUGACUCCCAUGUGACAGGCACAAGAAGACCAUCGGCCCCACUUUGAUCCACAAAUAGUGGGUCAUAGAAUCAUAGAAUUGCAGAAUUGUGAUGGACCCAACUGGUCCAUCACCCUGGAAUGUAGUGGAUCAAACCUGCAACCUUGGCAUUAUCAGCAGUAUGCCCUAACCAACUGAGGUAGUGGCUGAAAAAAUGUUUGACACAAAUUUGUCAGGUUGACCUGUACUUCUUAGGUUAGUGAUUUAUGCUUUAGGGCUUUUCCAGGACUCAGGUGUCUGGAGAUUGCAGAAGAGUGAUCCAGACAGCAGACCAAGAAACUGCCAAAGCUAACCUGAACGAAACAGGCCGAGUGUGGGUCACUCAGCUAUUGUUUUCCAAAUCCCUAGACAUUUUUUUGGGGGGGAUCUCUUCCCCUCACUUCCUGGUCUGGUUUUGCCCACCUUCUGUUUUAUCACCAAGGCUGCAUCUACACAGCUAUUAAAAAAACGCUCUGAAAAAAUCCGUUUUAAAACUCACAAUGGAAAAUUUCACAGACUUCCGAUUUCAGCUUCACACCACCAUCUGGUGUCACAAUGUUAUAAGACAUUGAUAAUGUUCUAUUUUUAGUAAUGUAGAUGAGUCCUAAAAGCUUGCAAGCCUCUGUAUAAUUACUUUAGAGUAAGUCUCAUUGAGGUGGGUGGGACUUACUUCCAGGAAAACAUGGAAAGAAACCCAGUCAUGCUCUGGAUCACACAACCUUAUGAGGAUGUAAGUUCUAUUGAACUCAAUGGAACUUUAUUCUGAGUUGACAUGCAUUGGAUUGUCCUGUUAAUUACCAUAGUUAAUGGAGGAGAUUCAAAAUAUUAUAUAGUGAUAAAUCACCAAACAAACAAACAAACCAACCUCUAGCCACCUUUAAAACAAAUCACUGGUGCACUUUUUGCCUUCCGUUUCUAAUGUUUUAAUAAAUCCAGCCAUCAGCAAGUACAGUGGUACCUCGGGUUAAGUACUUAAUUCAUUCUGGAGGUCAAUUCUUAACCUGAAACUGUUCUUAACCUGAAGCAGUACUUUAGCUAAUGGGGCCUCCUGCUGCUGCCACGCCAUCGGAGCACGAUUUCUGUUCUCAUCCUGAAGCAAAGUUCUUAACCCGAGGUACUAUUUCUGGGUUAGCGGAGUCUGUAACCUGAAGCAUAUGUAACCCGAGGUACCACUGUAUAUGUAGAAGUGUAGAGUUGGAAAGAGACCCCAACUGCAGUGCAGAAAUCACUGCUAUAGAAUCUGUGGCAGAUGGCCACCCAACCUCUGUUGUGGGUGGGUGGGUGCUGAGUACAGUAGAACAACAAAAACCAUUACCGUGAAAAACCUUCUCAUUGUUUUUGUUUUCAAGUUAGGGUUUGCAUAAUGCUCGUUCUACACAAAGUAGACCUGUUCGAAAUUAAUGGGCAGGGCUAACAGGUUCAUUAAUUUCAAUGGAUCUUCUCUGAGCUUUGAAUACAACCCUUAAAAUUUCACUUUGCACAGCGCUUCCAUGGGCAGGGCUGACUAUGCGAAUCCCCCCUAAGCAUCCUUAGGGCAGCCAUUGUCUCUCAGGCCUCCCUAUCUACAAUACAGAGAUAAUAAAUUAAUAGUGACCUACUUUAUAGGGUGCUGUGUAAGCAUGACUGAAAUAUGAAUGUGAAGUACUUUGAAUACACUUAAAAGGCUGCCUUUUAAGAGAGCCAGCACAGAGUAGUGGCUACAGUGUUGGACUCAAACUGGGGGAGACCUGGGUUCCAAUCACACAUGACCCAGUCACUACGGCCAGACCCUCAAAGUGUCCCUCAAAGGAACAGUACAGGAUUUUCAGAAGCUGUCCCAGUUUCUGAUUUUGAUCCUGGAAUGUCCCAAUCUUUCCUAGGAUAUCCCUUUUUUCACCUGAGAAAUGUUGGAGGGUAUGUACAGCUAUGGAUAAAAUAGAGGAGAGGCCCACAUGCACCGCCUUUAGAUGCUAGGUGGAAAGGUGGGGCAUAAAGUUAAUACUGUAGUAAUAUAUCCCAUGAUUAUACAACCACUGGGCUUUUUUGACAACUUGCCAGUUGUUGUUGUUCUCAGUUAAUUGGCUCUGAAUUAGUGUAUUGAUUUUCUUCAGUCGUUUUUCUCUCUUCCCUUUAGUCCUGCUCGCAUGACAUGUCUGUAGAUAUGAGUGAGAGGAUGGGUGGAGAGGGAAGAGGCAAGAUCCUGGUCUCCAUUCUUGCAUCUGUUCACCAACCAAUCUGAGUAGCAGCUGUCCAUGAAAAAAUAGCAUCCUUGGAGGCUCUCUCUGUGCAGCCAGGAUCUCUGGAAAAGCGAAGGUCCCAGAUGAAAUAGUCAAAUUACAGUACUUAUUACUUUUCCUAAAGCCUUAGAAAUGACACUUCAUUCCAUAAGCUAUUACUGUUUACAAAAUAGUCAUGUGAGGGCAGGUUAGCUUUAAAUACACCAGAGGUCGUGCAGACGGAAGAGUGAAACCUUAUGAUUGGGGAUGUGUACAUUAAAAACACAGCUUGAGCUUUUGUUACAAAUACCUUUAUUGCACUAAAAUGUUUUCAGUAGCAGAGUCAGAUGUGUUUCACAAUUGAGUAAAGGCAUCUUUUUUUAAAAAGGCGCAAAACUUUAGAGGCAGUGUGGUGCACUGGUUGGAGUGUUGAACCUGGACUAGGAAAAUCUGGGGUUUGAAACUGCUCAAAAACAAAGCGCACUGGGUGACCUUCGGCCAGUCAUUUUCCCCCUCAGUUUAAAAGGUAAAGGGACCCCUGACCAUUAGGUCCAGUCGUGGCCGACUCUGGGGUUGCGGUGCUCAUCUCGCUUUAUUGGCCGAGGGAGCCGGCGUACAGCUUCCGGGUCAUGUGGCCAGCAUGACUAAGCCGCUUCUGGUGAACCAGAGCAGCACACGGAAACGCCGUUUACCUUUCCGCCGGAGUGGUACCUAUUUAUCUACUUGCACUUUGACGUGCUUUCAAACUGCUAGGUUGGCAGGAGCAGGGACCGAGCAACGGGAGCUGACCUCGUUGAGGAGAUUCGAACUGCCAAUCUUCUGAUCGGCAAGUCCUAGGCUCUGUGGUUUAACCCACAGCGCCACCCGCACCCCCUCCCUCAGUUUAGCCUACCUUAACAGGGUCAAUUCCAUAUAUGAUUACUAUAUAAUAAUGGGCCCUGCUAUGUGUCUCCUUGGUGUUGGAAACGGGUACCUGAGACGGAGCCUUUUUGUCAGUGGCACCCAAGAUCUGGAACAGCCUUCCAAAGGAUGCCUGCCUGGCUCCAUUGCUGCUUGCUUUCAAACAGGCUAUUCCAGUGAGUUCCCAUCGAGUACCGCACUUAACUAAGCUAAAUAUGUCUUCUCAGAAGUGAGCACCAUUGAACUCAAUGGGAGUCGCUUUUCAGCAGACAUGGUUAGGAUAGCACUGCCCAUUGUGUUUAUGCUGCUGCUGCUUUUUAGUUUAGAUUGUUUCUGUGAGGGAGGAGGUUGUUCUUUUUAUUACUGUAUAUUUUUGACUUUAUGUUGCUAUAAAUUGCCUGCAUAUUUUAUAGAAAGGCCAAAUAUAAAUCACAAGAAUAAACAAUCUCAACUUAGUUACUGGCAUGUAGACUUUGCCUUUGCGGAUUUAUAGAGCUCAGUGCCUUUCUCCACAACCACCAAGCAAGGGAACCCAAGAAUUACGUGUGUGUUAAAAACAUGCAUCAUGUGUACUGUACUGGCAAGGGUGACAGAAUUUCCUUUUCCUCCUUGGCACUGAAUUGAGGUUGCUUUCAGGCAGGCCCAUUGCUCAGAGGUACAGAAUUUGGUUUUGCAUGCCAAAGGUCCCUGGUUCAAUCCCGGGCAUCCCUACCUUUGAAGGUGACCCGGAAACUACAACUAAUCCAGAAUGCGGCAGCUAGACUGGUGACUGGGGGCAGCCGCCGAGACCACAUAACACCGGUCUUGAAAGACCUACAUUGGCUCCCAGUACGUUUCCGAGCGCAAUUCAAAGUGUUGGUGUUUAAAGGUGUUGACCUUUAAAGCCCUAAAUGGCCUCGGUCCAGUAUACCUGAAGGAGCGCCUCCACCCCUAUCGUUCUGCCCGGACGCUGAGGUCCAACGCCGAGGGCCUUCUGGCGAUUCCCUCAUUGCGAGAAGCGAAGCUACAGGGAACCAGGCAGAGGGCCUUCUCGGUAGUGGCACCCGCCCUGUGGAACGCCCUUCCACCAGAUGUCAAAGAGAUAAAUAACUACCUGACAUUCAGAAGACAUCUUAAGGCAGCCCUGUUCAGGGAAGUUUUUAAUGUGUGACAUCUUAGUGUAUUUUUGGUCUUUGUGGAAGCUGCCCAGAGUGGCUGGGGAAACCCAGCCAGAUGGGUGGGAUACAAAUAAUAAAUUAUUAUUAUUAUUGGUAGGGCUAGGAGAGAUCCCUGCCUGAAACCCUGGAGAGCUGCUACCAGCCAGUGUAGACAGUAUUGAGCUAGAUGGACCAGUGAUUUGACUCAGUAUAAGGCAGCAUCCCAUGCUCUUGAUAGCUGCAGCUUUUACACUUGCAAUUUAUUUAAACUUGAUCUAAACUGGCCCAGAAGCUGCAGCCAGUGUGGAAUGCGCUGGCCAGGCUGCUGAUGGGGGCAGGCUGCCCACAGCAUGGGACCCCUCUGCUAAAGCAUCCUCACUGGAAGCCCAUAUGCUGCCAGGCCAGGUUCAAGGCUCUUGUGCUGAUAUACAAAACCCUGGACGACUGAAUAUACCUUAUUAACCUGGAUACCUUAAGGACAGUCUGAGCCCUUGUAUUCCAGUUCAAUCACUGAGAUCAUGUGGAGCAGUAUUGCUAGUUGUCCCCCAUGUUACAGAGGCCUCGCUGGCCUCAACUGGAAAUUGAAGAUUUAGAUCCUAGGGAACACUCUUCCACCAGAAAUUUGUCAGGCAUCCUCUCCAUUAACUUUCAGGAAUCUCGUGAAUACGCUUUUUAUGUCAACAGGCCUAUUCUGUUUAUUCCCUCCCCCCAUCAAAGUUAGCCAGCUAUUUUAAUGAUUACUUUGUAUUGCUUUUGUUGUAUUUUUUUAAAAAUGUUUUAUUGUAUUUGUAUAUUUUGUUGUACUCAGCCUCAGUAUUUUGCAUUAGAUGGCAGUACAGAAUUAUUUUUGCAAAUAAAUGAAUAAACAAACAAACCCAGCCACUUAUCAGGGUGGGUUCCUGUGUGGCUCUC